CCAACCUGUGUAGUUUUGUUUUUUGGGAAUAUUCUCGAGGCUCAACCGUUCUCACACUGGAUUUUGGAAAACAUUUCUGGAUAAGGAGUUUGUUUCCGAAGAAUAACACCCUUUUGGGCACCGUCCCCACAAUUCAAGGCACUCUUGUGGAUACAAGGUGCCCACCAUCAUGACAACACAGGCGCCAACAUUUACACAGCCGCUUCAGAGCGUUGUGGCACUUGAGGGUAGUGCCGCAACGUUCGAAGCUCAAGUUAGUGGUAAUCCAGUUCCUGAGGUGAGCUGGUUUCGUGAUGGCCAGGUUCUUUCUGCUGCCGCUCUGCCCGGCGCUCAGAUCUCGUUCAGCGAAGGCCGCGCUGUUCUGAGGAUCCCCGCCGUGACAGCCGCACACAGCGGAAGAUUUUCUGUGAGAGCCACCAAUGGCGCUGGACAAGCCACUAGCACUGCUGAACUCCUGGUUACAGCGGAAACUGCGCCACCCAACUUUAUUCAGAGACUACAAAGCAUGACUGUGAGACAAGGAAGCAAAGUGAAACUGGACGUCCGUGUGACAGGAAUCCCUACACCUGUGGUGAAGUUUUAUAGAGAGGGAGCGGAGAUUCAAAGCUCCGCUGACUUUCAGAUCAUCCAAGAUGGAGAACAUUACAGUUUGUUGAUUGCCGAAGCUUUUCCUGAAGACUCUGGUACAUACUCAGUUACUGCCUCAAACAGCAGUGGACGUGCAACUUCAACUGCAGAACUACUGGUUCAAGGUGAAGAGGAAGCUGUGCCUGCUAAGAAAAUCAAGACUGUCGUUUCAACCUCUAAGAUUUCACAGGCUCGCCAAACCAGAAUUGAAAAGAAAACAGAAGCUCGCUUUGAGGCUGUAUCCAUGCAGAUGGAAGUGGAAGGAGGUAUUUUGACUCAGAUGGCUCACAAGACUCCACCACGCGUGCCACCCAAACCAACUUCCAAGUCUCCUCCGUCCCAUGUGACUAAAGUUUCAACUACCCGUCAACAGUCACCUUCUCCUGUGAGACACGUGAAGGCGCCCACUCCGACUCCUGUCAGAACCGUUUCCCCCUCCAUGAGACUGUCUGUAUCACCCAUCAGACCUGUCAAGUCCCCAGUGAUAGCCCGCAAACAGGUUCAACAAGUCACAGAGGUCCUGCCUCCGUGGAAACAAGCCGGCUAUGUGUCCGAGUCUAGCUACAUAGCCAGCAUGGCAGCUAGAGCUACGCAGGUGAAAACUACUACCCACAUGGAGCAGCGUUGGGAAGGCUCCAUAGCCAUGAAGCAACAAGUCAGCGAUGUUUCUGUCAAAGAGGGGGAAGGAAAAAAGGCUGGAGCUGUGGCCAAAGUGCUUGCUGCCGUGGAUCAAGCACGUGUUCGGAAACCUGUUCAUGUUGAAAGUACUUUGGCUGAUGAGGAAAAGGACAUAAAACAGCAUGCGAUGCUAAGUGCUAAGCAACAAGCUGCAAGUAAAAUGGAAGUGUUGCAAAUUCCUGACGAUAUACCCAGCACUUCCACCGAGCAGACCGUUCAUGUCAGCCAGAUCCAAAGAGCUACUGAGGUUAAGGCCCAUGUGGAUACUGGCCUUGCCCCAUCGCCAGUUCCCCAUUUCACAGUUUCAAAAGUUAAUGUUCCCAAACCUGAUCAUAGCUAUGAGGUCUCAAUAGCUGGCUCUGCUAUUGCUACGCUGCAGAAAGAGUUAUCUUCUUCUCAUACUGCUCAAAAAAUCAUCAAGCCUGUCAAGCCUCCAACUUAUAAAACUGUAGAGACAAGAGUGACUCCAGAAGCCACCCCUUCUCCAUUUAGAGAUGCCACUGAGAAAUAUCAGUUGCAUUUGGACACAGAAUAUCAGAGACACAUAGGUGCUGUGUAUACAGGGGAAUGGGAAACACAGGUUGUUGAAACAGCUGCAGUUCCAUCACCUGCCAAGGAGCCAAGUAUUCCUCCAACUGUUGUUGCUGGUUUGAAGAACCUGACUGUAACCGAGGGAGAGUCCGUGACCCUGGAGUGCCAGAUCUCAGGUCACCCCACACCAAGCAUCAUCUGGUUCAGAGAGGACUACAGGAUUGAGAGCUCCAUUGACUUCCAGAUCACAUACGAGAAAGGAUAUGCCCAUUUGGUGAUCCGUGAGGCUUUUGCUGAGGAUAGCGGACGUUUUACUUGUACUGCUACUAAUGAGGCUGGAACUAUCAGCACCUCCUGCUACCUGCUUGUUAAAGUGGCCGAGGAGAUUGAGACCCACGCAGAGAUUUCUGUGGAGAAACAGCUUAUUGAGACAAAAGAAGUGUCAACAGCCGAAGUCACAGCUGUCGCUGAGCAUGUGGAAGCUGGAGCAGGUGCAGCUCCAUUCUUUGUGAAGAAACCGUUUUCACAGAAACUUGUGGAAGGUGGCAGUGUUGUGUUCGCUUGCCAGAUUGGAGGCAGCCCCAAACCUCACAUCUACUGGAGGAAGAAUGGGAUCCUGCUCACAUCAGGAUACAGAUAUCGCGUAAGUUACAAUAAGGACACAGGAGAAUGCAAACUGGAAAUCUCCAUGACUUUUGCUGAUGAUGCUGGAGAGUAUACUAUCUCUGCCAAGAACCAGCAUGGAGAGGUAUCUGCCUCUACAAGACUUCUUGAGGAAGAGGAAUAUGAAGCUUAUAUGAAAACAAUGGAAAUGACGUACAAAACAGAAGUGACCACUACAGUGGGGCAGGAGCUCAAAGUGGCAGACAUGCCCUCUGUGGCCAUAAGUGAAUAUGAAACGCGGAGAAGGAUGGCUCAACAAAUGACAUUCAUAACAGAGAGGGAAUUCCAAAUAUCUGCUAUUGAGCAGAAAAUAAUUCAAGAGAUUGAGGUCAGAAUCCUAAAGAUUACGUAUCGUGAACUGGUGAUUGAGGAUGGGGAAGAAAUGCUGCUGAGUGCAGCUGAACAUGAGGCAGUAGUAUCCACUUUCAGCACACCUGUCAAAAGCUACAGAAUCAUGGAGGGGAUGGGCGUGACCUUCCACUGCAAAAUGGAAGGAAACCCCUUGCCAAAGAUUGCUUGGUACAAAGAUGGCAAGCGAAUCAUGCAUGGAGGUCGUUAUCAGAUGGAGGUUCUUCAGGAUGGUAGAGCCUCUUUGCGUCUUCCUGUGGUGCUGCCAGAAGAUGAGGGAGUCUACACAGCAUUAGCUUGUAACAUGAAGGGCAAUGCUGUCAGCUCUGGAAAACUCUAUGUGGAGUCUACAGCUGCUGCUCAGCCUUUUUAUCCUCAAACAGAAGCAAUGAAGAGAGUACAGUCAGAAUCCCCUAUGUCUGCACGCUCCAUUAGCUUCUCCCCUGGACGUUCCCCUGCACGUUCUGUUAGCCGUUCUCCUGCUCGCAGACUGGAUGAGACUGAUGAGACACAGCUGGAAAGGCUAUACAAACCCGUAUUUGUCAUGAAACCAUCAUCCUUUAGGUGUGCUGAAGGACAGACUGCAAGAUUUGAUUUGAAAGUUGUUGGAAGGCCCAUGCCUGAAACUUAUUGGUUCCAUAAUGGGCAACAAGUGGUGAAUGACUACACUCACAAGAUUGUGGUGAAAGAAGAUGGAACACAGUCAAUGAUUGUGGUGCCAGCUAUGCCCCAUGACUCUGGAGAAUGGACAGUUGUUGCUCAGAAUAGGGCUGGAAAAACAACUGUUUCUAUGACUCUUACUGUAGAAGCUAAGGAAAACCUGAUUAGACCACAAUUCAUCGAAAAACUAAGGAAUGUCAGUGUCAAGGAAGGAACCUUAGUUGAGCUAGCAGUCAAAGCCAUUGGAAACCCACUCCCUGACAUUGUCUGGCUGAAAAACAGUGACAUAGUCUCUCCUCAUAAGUACCCGAAUGUUAGGAUUGAGGGAACCAAGGGAGAAGCACGUUUCAAAAUUCCACAAACUACCGGUUCUGAUAGUGCAUGGUACACAGCUACAGCAAUUAAUAAAGCUGGACGGGAUACCACUCGUUGCCGUGUUAACGUUGAGGUGGAGUACACUGAACCUGAACCAGAAAGAAAACUCAUUAUUCCUAAGGGAACUUACAAAGCUAAGGAAAUUGCUGCACCUGAAUUGGAGCCACUGCAUCUCCGUUAUGGUCAGGAACAAUGGGAGGAGGGUGACCUUUAUGACAAGGAGAAGCAGCAGAAGCCUAAUUUCAAAAAGAAACUGACAUCAGUAAGACUCAAGCGUUUUGGUCCUGUACAUUUCGAAUGCAGACUCACCCCUAUUGGUGAUCCCACAAUGGUUGUUGAUUGGCUACAUGAUGGAAAGCCCCUGGAAGCUGCUAACAGACUACGUAUGAUUAAUGAAUUUGGCUAUUGCAGUCUGGACUAUGAAGUUGCAUAUUCCAGAGACAGUGGUGUCAUCACAUGCAGAGCUACCAACAAAUUUGGUGUUGACCAGACCUCAGCCACCCUGAUUGUGAAAGAUGAGAAGAGCCUUGUUGAGGAAAGCCAGUUGCCUGAGGGUAGGAGAGGGCCAAGACUUGAUGAAUUAGAGCGUAUUGCUCAUGAGGGAGCUCCUGCUGGAGUCACUGGAGAUGAAAUUGCUGAAAAAACUAAGCCUGAGAUUGUCCUGCUUCCAGAACCCAUAAGAGUACUGGAGGGAGAAACUGCUAAAUUUCGUUGUAGGGUAACUGGAUACCCAACACCAAAAGUCAACUGGUACCUGAAUGGACAGCUUAUUCGUAAAAGCAAAAGAUUUAGGCUACUGUAUGAUGGCAUUCAUUACCUUGAGAUUGUGGACUGCAAAUCAUAUGAUUCAGGAGAUGUCAAAGUAUUGGCAGAAAACCCAGAAGGCAUUGCAGAAAACACUGUGAAGCUAGAGAUCAAACAAAAAGAGGAUUUCAGGACAAUCCUGCGGCGUGCUCCUGAGAUUAAGGCUCCUGAAGGCCCUGGCCCUGAGCAUGGCAGAGUAUCUUUUGAUGUUGUUAAAGUAGAUAAACCUGCUGAGCCCACACAAGCCAAAGAGGUCAUCAAGUUGAGGAGGGCUGAGAGAGUUGUUCAUGAGAUGCCUACAGAAGAGACAGAGGAAUUAAGAAGCAAAUUCAAACGCAGAACUGAAGAAGGCUACUAUGAGGCCAUUUCCUCAGUGGAGUUUAAAUCCCGCAAGAAGGAUGAGUCCUACGAAGACAUGCUGAGGAAGAGAAAGGAGGAGCUUCUGCACUGGACUAAGGAAAUACCUGAAUCUGAGAAGAAAAGGAUGGAAGAGGAACGCAAACUUACCAUUCCUACCAUCAAGCCUGAAAAAAUAACUCUCUCCCCCAGCAUGGAGGCACCAAAGAUCUUCGAACGUAUUCAGAGUCAGACCGUCACUCUGGGUGAUGAAGUACAUUUCCGUUGCAGAGUUGUUGGUAAACCAGAUCCAGAAUGCCAAUGGUUUAAGAAUGGAAUUCUGCUGGAAAAAUCUGAACGAAUUUAUUGGUACUGGCCUGAGGACAAUGUCUGUGAACUAGUUGUUAAAGACGUCUCAGCUGAAGACUCUGCUAGCAUUAUGGUCAAAGCUAUUAAUGUUGCAGGAGAGACUUCAAGUCAUGCCUUCUUGCUGGUGCAAGCCAAGCAAGUCAUAAGCUUCACCCAGAAAAUCGAGGAUUUACAUGCCAAAGAAAAGGACAACAUGGUAACCUUUGAAUGUGAAACAAAUGAGCCUUUCAUCAAAGUUAAAUGGCUGAAGAACAAUGUUGAGAUUUUCUCUGGGGAAAAAUACAGGAUGCAUUCUGACAGAAAAGUGCAUUUCCUAUCUGUCUUGAUUAUCGGCAUGGACGAUGAUGCUGAAUACACUUGUGCUCUCGUUGAGGAUGACAACAUAAGAACAUCAGCCAGACUGCAUGUUGAAGGUGCUCCACUUGAAAUUGUGAAGGAAUUGGAAAAUGUUGAAGUUCCAGAGACACUUUCAGGGGAGUUUGAGUGCGUGUUGUCUCGUGAGGAUGCUGAAGGCACCUGGUACUUUGAAAACAAAGAGAUCACCCAAGGCAUGAAAUAUGUCAUUACCUCUCGCCGUGGAAGACACAGUCUGUGUGUUAAGGAUGUGAAGAAAGAGGACCAAGGCAAAUACACGUUCAAAGUGGGCGAUCUAAAGACAAGUGCUUCCCUGAAGAUGAAAUUGCGCCCGGUCACGCUGAUGCAAGGCCUUUCUGACUUAACUGUCUGUGAAGGUGAUAUUGCUCAGCUGGAGGUACGAUUCUCACAGGAGAAUGUGGAAGGAUAUUGGGAAAAGGACGGUCACAAAAUCUCUGCUACUGAUAGGAUCCACAUUGUUAUUGACAAACAAAUACACAAGCUGCUUGUUGAAAACGCCACCAAAGAUGAUGCUGGAGCGUACUCCUUCCAUGUUCCAGCACAUCUCAUUUCCACUACGGGAAAGCUAACUGUUCAAACUAUUGGUAUUGUAACACCCCUAAAGGAUGUCAGCACAAUUGAAGGCACAAAAGCUGUGUUGGAAGCCAAAAUUUCAGCCGCUGAUGUGAGCUCAGUGAAGUGGUACCAUAAUGAGAAGCUACUGACUGCUAGUGACAGAGUCCAGGUUGUGGCUAAGGGCUCCAAGCAACGACUAGUACUGAACAGAACAUAUGCUUCUGAUGAAGGACAAUAUAAACUUGUUGUUGGCAGAGUUGAUACAUCUUGCAAGCUAACUGUUGAGAAGAUCAGUAUUUUAAAGCAUAUGGAGGAUCGUGUGUGCACUGAGACCCAGAAGGUCACAUUUGAGGUUGAGCUGUCUCACUCUGGCAUUGAUGCUCUCUGGACAUUUAAGGGUCAACAUCUGAAGGCUGGUCCCAAGUGCAAAAUUGAUUCCAAGGGCAAAAAGUACACUCUUACCGUUCUCAAUGCCAUGAAAGAUGAGGAGGGCCCGUACGUGUUUGCUGCCGGCGAAAAGACUUCAAGCGCCAAACUUACAGUAUCAGGUGGUGCUAUAAACAAACCUCUUCAGGAUGUGACUGUCGCAGAGUCCCAGACAGCUGUUUUAGAGUGUGAGGUUGCAAGUGCAUCCGCGGAAGGAAAAUGGCUUAAAGAUGGAGAACCUGUUUACUUCACUGACAAUGUCAAGAGUGAAGAGAUUGGUGCUGUAAGACGUCUAGUCAUUGGCAUCUCAAGAAAACAGGAUGUUGGAGAGUACACGUACCAGGUGGCAAACUCUAAGACAUCAGCUAACCUCAAAGUUGAAGCUGUAAAGGUUAAGAAGACACUAAAGAACCAAACAGUCACUGAGACCCAAGACGCCGUGUUUAGUAUUGAACUCACUCAUUUAGAUGUAAAAGGGUCCCAGUGGAUCAAGAAUGGAGUUGAACUUCUUCCAAGUGAUAAAUAUGAAAUCACAGUAGAUGGCAUGGUUCACUCAUUGAAGAUCAAAAAUUGCAACUCCCAGGAUGAAUCUGUUUAUGGAUUUAAACUCGGACAACUCACUGCUAAUGCAAGACUCAAUGUUGAGACAAUUAAAAUUGUGAAGAAGCCAAAAGAUGUGACUGCGCUGCUCAACUCUACUGCUUCCUUUGAGUUAAGCGUAUCCCAUGAUAAUGUUCCUGUUAAAUGGAUGUUUAAGAACCAAGAGCUUAAGCCAAGUGCAAAUGUCCAAAUCCUUUCAGAAAGGAAAGCGCACAAGCUGGUCAUUUCAAAUGUUGAACAAAACAUGGAAGGAGAAUACACAGCCGUCAUAGGACAUGUGCAGUGCAGUGCAUUUUUGCACGUCGAGUCUUUGAGGGUCACAAAGCCCAUGAAGAAUAUCGAGAUUCCAGAGACACAGGUGGCCACAUUUGAAUGUGAAGUUUCACAUUUUAAUGUCCCAUCAACAUGGUUAAAAAAUGGAGUUGAGAUUGAAAUGAGUGAGAAGUUCAGAAUUGUGGUGCAGGGCAAGCUGCAUCAACUGAAGAUCAUGAAUACCAGCAGGGAUGAUACAGCAGAAUACACAUUUGUCUGUGGAAAUGACAAAGUCUCAGCCACCCUGACUGUUAGCCCUAUUCUCAUCACAUCCAUGCUCAAGGACCUCAAUGCUCAAGAGAAGGACACCAUUACAUUUGAAGUGACUGUUAAUUAUGAUGGCAUCACCUACAAAUGGUUGAAGAAUGGUGUAGAGAUUAGAUCCACCGAGAGAUGCCAGACUCGUUCGAGACAGUUCACUCACACUCUCACCAUCCGUAAUGUUCAUUUUGGGGAUAGCGCUGAUUACAAGUUUGUGGCAGGAUCUGCUGAGACAUCAGCAAAACUGUUUGUUGAAGCUCGUGUCAUUGAGUUUACAAAACACAUCAAAGAUAUCAAGGUGACUGAAAAGAAAAAGGCCAUCUUUGAAUGUGAGCUCUCUGAGCCCAAUGUCCAAGUCACAUGGAUGAAAAAUGGGCAAGAACUUGAGAUAACCGAAAGGUUCAAGGUUUCCACAGAGAAAUACAUUCAACGAUUGAUGAUACAGACUGUUCGCAUGUCUGAUGCUGGUGAAUACUCAGUAGUUGCUGGCUCAAGCAUGUCCAAAGCUCAACUCACAGUAGAGGGCAAAGAUGUCCGCAUUACUGAACCUGUUGAGAAAGAAAUAACGGUUCUUGAGAGGCAGAGAGCUACUUUGGAAUUUGAAGUCAAUGAGGAUGACAUUGAAGGACGCUGGCUCAGAAAUGGCGUUGAAAUUCAAUUAACGGUUGAUAAGCGUUAUAACUAUGUGACCAUUAGGAAAAUUCAUCGCUUGACAAUCACUGAAACAUGGAGGAGCGAUGCUGGAGAAUACACUUUUAUUGCUGGGAAGAACAGGAGUGUGGUGACACUGCAUGUCAAUAUUCCUGAGCCGCCUCAGAUCAUUAGGCAUAUGGAGCCUUUGUCUGUUGAGGCUGGUAAACCUGCACGCUUCACGGUGGAAGUGACUGGCAUCCCUCAGCCCCAGGUCUCCUGGUAUAAGAACUCUCAGGCAUUAUCUCCAGGAUUCAAGUGCAAGUUCCUGAAAGAAGGGAAUGAACACACUCUACUGCUCAUCGAAGUCUUCCCAGAGGAUGCAGCUCUGUACAACUGUGAGGCGAGAAAUGACUAUGGACAGGCCACAAGCUCUGCUUCGUUGGACGUGGAAGUUUCAGAGGUUGUUUCACCUGACACUGGAGCACCUUUAUCACCACCUGUGAUCAUAUCCCCAAUACAACACACCUCUGCUGCUGAAGGAGGAUCUGCCAGAUUUCAGUGCAGGGUCUCUGGGGAGGAUCUGACAAUUACCUGGUUCUCCAAAGAUAAAGAGAUCAAACAGUCAAACUUCUUCAGAAUGUCUCAGUUCGACGACUGCUGCCAGCUGGAGGUCGCCAGAGUUUAUUCAGAAGAUGAGGGAGAGUACACCUGUGUUGCUCGCAAUGCUGCUGGAAUGGUUUCUUGCUCCGCAGUACUUAAACUGGAAAUUACGAAACGUGAAGAAAUAGAUACAAAAAUUGAAGAAGUCAUCAAAGUGCCACCUAUUUUUAGGCAAAAAAUCCAAGGUCUGGAGUCUAAUGUUGGCAGUCCUGCUAAAUUUGAAUGUGAGAUUGAAGAUGCUCCGAAUGUGACCUUCAAAUGGUUCAAGUCUGGGUCUGAGAUCAGACAAAGUGACAAGUACAGGAUCACCAGCUACGCUACCACAUCAGCUCUGGAAUUUUUAAGUCCAGCAAAAGCUGAUAGUGGAGAGUAUACGUGCAAAGCGUCAAACCAACAUGGUAGCGACAGUUGUUCUGCUAGCCUCACUGUCACAGAGGUUUUCCCUCCAGAGUUUGUAUCAAAGCCGGAGCCAAUGACAUUAUUUGUGGGCAAACAAGCAAAAUUUCAGUGUGUUAUCACUGGUUCUGCACCAAUGAAUGUUGUAUGGUACAAGGACAACAUUGCCAUUUUGCCUGACGAUCACUAUAAGGCGUCCUUUGAAAAGAACAAGCAUUGUCUUGAGAUCACGAAACUUGAGCAAAGUGAUCAGGGAACUUAUCUUUGCAAAGCUUCAAACAGUGUCGGCCUGGCUACAUGCUGCACUGAAAUUAGAGUUAUAGACAAGCCCAGUUUUGUGAAAACCUUCGAAUCAACAUCUGUAGCUGUGGGUGAUCCCCUGCGGCUUGAGUGUCAGGUAAAUGAAGAUACAGGAGUGACUAUCACUUGGACAAGGGAUGGGAAGAAACUCCAUAACACUAUGGACAGCAAAAUUUCUUUUGAGGAGAAAGUGGUCAGCCUUGAUAUCCCAAAGACAAAGAUUAAAGAUACAGGCACUUAUGUCUGUACUGCUACAAAUGAUGCUGGAAGCAGCAGCUGCUCUAAUUUGGUUACGGUACAAGAACCUCCAGUAUUUGUUAAGAAACUGGAGCCGAAGAUCCUGUGGAAACAAGGCAUUUCUGCACGUUUACUGUGCACUGUUAAAGGAUCUCCUGAGCUCCACAUCAGUUGGUUUUUCAAUGAAAAACAACUCAGUUCCAGUGAAAGACACAAAAUCACCUUCAAAGAUGGUCAAGCUACACUUGAGAUUACUGACCUUGCUGUGUCUGACAGUGGAAAUUACACCUGUGAAGUAAUGAACCAGGCUGGAUCUGAAAGCUGUAGCACCACUUUGACUGUUAAAGAACCCCCUGCUUUUAAAAAGGAGUUAGAAAUGGUGGAAGUGGUCAAGGGGCAUGCUGCAAAACUGCAGUGUGAAGUUACUGGAACUGCUCCAUUUGAUGUCACCUGGUUAAAGGAUAAGAAACCGGUGACCACUGAUAAAAAGCACACCAUUGUAACAAAGGACACCAGUUCAUAUUUGGAAAUACAAUCAUUUGACAGUGCAGAUGUUGGGGACUACCAAUGUGUUGUUGCAAACGACGUUGGUAAAAUAAUAUCUAAAACUGUAGCCAAACUGAAAGAUCCCCCAUCUUUUGUAAAGAAAAUCGAAAACACAACUGCAGUUUUGGGCAGUGCUGUGAAACUGCAGGGUACUCUUAAAGGCUCAGCUCCUAUUACUGUGAAAUGGCUAAAGGAUUCUGAGCUACUCAGACAUGAUGAUCCUAAUAUCACAAUGACUUUUGUUAACAACAUUGUGAGUUUGGCAAUUGCCAAAAUAGCCAUAAACCAUGAUGGAAAGUACACUUGCCAAGCUGAAAAUGAGGCUGGCCAGCAAAAAAGUGAAGCCACAUUAUCUGUUCAAGAACCCGCUAGAAUUGUUGAAAAAGCACCAUCCAUUAGUGUAACUGCAGGAGACUCUGCAUCAUUGGAAUGUACUGUGUCAGGAAGUCCUGAUCUUAAAGUUAAAUGGCUUCGUGAUGGCAAGGAAGUGACGGGAGGACGAAAAUAUAAAAUCUCUUUCAAAGAUAAUGUAGCAAGCUUAAAAAUCCUCUCGGCGGAGAGGGGAGAAAGCAGUGAAUACACAAUGGAAGUUUCUAAUCGGGUUGGAAAAGACCAUUGCUCUUGCUCAGUCACGGUUCUUGAUAAAAUUAUACCUCCAACCUUCACAAAAAGUCUUAAAAAGGUUGAUGGUAACCUUGGAGGAAAUAUCCAGAUGGAGUGCAAAGUGUCAGGGUCGCAGCCCAUGACAAUAUCUUGGUUCAAAGAUGGAAAGGAGAUCACAUCUGGGAUAAAAUACCAAGCAGAAUUCAAAGAAAGUACUUCUUUGUUGAAAAUAUCCCAGUUAGAGACUGCUGAUGCUGGGGUUUUCACAUGCCAUGCAACUAAUGCUGCAGGGCACAGUGAGACCAGUGGAACAGUAUCUGUUAAAGAGCCACCAGUCUUCACAUUAAAACCUGAAUCUCAAGAAGCUAUACCAGGCUCUAAUGUUGUUUUGAAAGCUGUUUUUACUGGAACACCAAGUUUUACCAUUAAGUGGUUUAAAGAUGAAACGGAAAUAUUGACUGGAGGUAGCUGUUUCAUCAAGAAAGAUGCCACCUCAAGUACCUUGGCACUGCACUCUGUAAAGCCAUCGCAUUCUGCCAAUUAUACCUGCACAGUUGGCAAUGAUGCGGGAAAGGUUUCAUGCACCGCAGUCUUAUUUGUGAAAGAGCCUCCAAAGUUUGUGACGAAACUUGAUUCAACUAAAUUAGCAGUGAUUGGCAGUAUUGUGGUUUUGGAGUGUAAAGUAACUGGCAGUCCUGAAAUUGCUAUUAAGUGGUAUAAAAAUAAUGUAGAGAUCAGCCCAAGUAAUAAAUAUCAAAUGACCUUCAUUGACUCAGUUGCUACACUGCAGAUAUCCAAUUGCAGUUUUGACGAGAGCGGGGAUUAUAUUUGUGUAGCAUCCAGUGAUGCUGGCAGUGACAAAUGCAGUUGCUUGGUUACCGUCAAAGAACCUCCUGCAUUUAUUAAGCUAUUUGAAUCCAGAGAAGUUGUCAAAGGCUCUGAUAUUGUGCUUGAGGGAUCUGUCUCAGGAUCAUCUCCUUUUGAGGUGUCAUGUUUCAAAGACUCAAAGCAGAUCAGAAACGACCGUCGCCAUAUCAUUGGCAUAAAGAAUGACGUAGUUACUAUUGAGAUUCUGAAGUUUGAACAUGGAGAUGCUGGCAAAUAUAAAUGCACAGUUACAAAUGAAGUGGGACAGACAUCAUGUGAUUGUGAAAUUAUAUUGAAAGAGCCACCAUCGUUCACACAGAAGCUAGAUAACAUGGAUGCCUUAUUAGGCACAGAGCUUACAAUGGUGUGCGUUCUGAAAGGCUCACUGCCUAUGACAGUGUCAUGGACAAAAGGUGACCAUGAGGUCAAAGAUACUGAGGAUGUCCAUAUAUCUUUUGAGAACAGAACGGCAAUGCUGCAUUUUUCUAAUGUAAAGUUAAAACAUUUUGGAAAGUACACAUGUCAGGCUCAGAACGAGGCUGGAAGUCAGAAGUGUACAGCAGCUUUAGUCGUCAAAGAGCCAGCAAAUAUUACAGAGCAGGCCAAGUCUAUCAGUGUCACAGUAGGAGAUCCUGCGACUCUGGAGUGCAGGUUCUCAGGCACUAAACCAUUGAAAGCCAAAUGGCUGAAGGAUGGAAAAGAGCUGAUAUCUGGCAAAAAAUACAAAGUACAAAGCACUGAUACAAGCUCCAUAUUAAAGAUCCUUUCCACAGAGAGGAAUGAUGAUGGCGAAUACUCAUUUGAGGUUUCAAAUGAUGUUGGCAGGAGCACUUGUGAGGCCUUUGUAACAGUGCUAGAUCAAAUAAUUAAGCCAUCGUUUACAAGAAAAUUAAAACAACUGGAAAGUAUUAAAGGAUCCUUCGCACAGUUAGAAUGCCUGGUUGCAGGAUCUCUGCCUAUAACAAUCACGUGGUUUAAGGAAAACCAGGAGCUAGAGACAAGUGAAAAACACAAAUGUGUUUUCUUUGAGAAUGCAGCAUCUUUGGAAAUCAGUCGUCUUGAUACUGUGGACAGUGGAAAUUAUACAUGCAUUGCUACGAACAAAGCGGGCAGUGCCCAGUGUUCUGGAGUAUUAAAAGUCAAAGAACCUCCUGUUAUCAUUGAGAAACCCGAGUCACAGCAGGUCAUACCAGGAACCAGAGUGAAAUUCAAUGUACUUGUGUCUGGUACUCCACCACUAACUAUCAAGUGGUUCAGAGAUAAAAAAGAGAUCCUACCAGGGGUUGACUGCUCCAUUCAGAAAGAUGACUCUUCAAGCUCACUUGAGCUGUUUUUCACUAAGCCGUCAGACUCUGGAGACUACGUUUGUGAAAUAAGCAAUGACGUGGGCUCUGAUUCCUGCCAAACAGCACUCUUUGUCAAAGAACCCCCUAAAUUCAUCCGAAAGCCAGAGAAAGUUUCAAUUGUCAAACCUGGUCAGUCUGUAACUUUUGAGUGUGAGAUUACAGGCACACCAGAAAUAGACACAUACUGGUUUAAAGACGGUAACGACGUAAGUCCAGAUGACAAGCAUAAAAUGAGUUUUGUCAACUCAUUGGCACGGCUUGAGAUUAUUGGUGCUGAUCUUAAAGACAGCGGUGUAUAUUUCUGUGAGGCCCGCAAUGAAGCUGGUAGUGAGAGCUGUAGCAUGGAUCUGAAAGUCAAAGAGCCACCAGUUAUUGUUAAGCCAUUUACUCCUGUAGAGGUUGUGAAAGGUUUGAAUGCCUCUUUUGAGUGUCAAGUUAGAGGCACAGCUCCUUUCGAAAUCACCUGGCAAAAAGAUUCCAACGAGAUCAUGCCAAGCACUAAACAUGUGUUCUCUCAGAAAAAUGGUUCACUUAUGUUACUUGACAUACAGAAAUGUGAUGACUUGGAUGUUGGAGAAUACCAGUGUAUUAUUUCAAAUGAAGUUGGAAGUUGUUCUUGUAGGACAACACUAAGCAUAAAAGAACCACCAUCAUUUAUAGAAAAGAUCCAGAAUGUUACUACCGUCUUGGGGAAUGUAGCAGAGUUUCAAUGUUUCGUGAAGGGAUCACCUCCCCUGACCAUACAAUGGCAGAAGGAUGAAACUUGGAUCUUGGAAGAGGCUGAGAUUCAGAGAACAUUUGAGAAUAAUGUUGCUACACUGAGAAUUCCCAUUUGCCAGUCUAACCAUAGUGGAAGAUACACCUGCCAGGCUGUGAAUGAGGCAGGGCAAGAGAAGUGUUUUGCCACUCUUUUAGUUCAAGAGCCUCCACAGAUUAUUGAAAAACCAGAAAUUAUAAAUGUCACUGCUGGAGAUCCAGUCAGUUUUGAGUGCAAGGUAACAGGCACUGCUGAACUGAAAGUGAAAUGGAGUAAAGAUGGCAAAGAGGUGGUCCCAUCUAGACAACAUAGCCUCAGUUUUGUCAAUAACAUCAGCAGUCUUAAGAUUCAGGCUGCACAGUUAGAUGAUGGAGGAACUUAUCUCUUUGAGGUCUCCAACUACAUCAGUAUCUGCACAUGUAAAGUGACCUUAAAUGUCCUAGAACAACUAAUUCCUCCUGCCUUCAUCAAACCCCUGACUGACAUGGAGGAGAUUCUAGGUUCCCCAGUGAAACUAGCAUGCAAUAUAUCUGGCUCACUCCCAAUCUCUGUGGAGUGGUUUAAAGAUGGAAGUAAACUGACAGGAAAAACCAAGCAUAAACUGUUUCAGGACAACAACAGUAUAUUUUUGGAGAUUGAGCGACUAGAGAAAGCAGACACUGGAACCUACUCUUGUAAACUUACAAACAAAGCGGGCAGUUGUGAAUGCAGUGGAACACUGAGGGUGAAAGAACCCCCAAGUUUUGUGGUGGUGCCUGAGCCGCAGGCUGUCAUACCAAAUACCACUGUUCAUUUUAAAACUACCUUCAAAGGAACACCUCCCUUUAUGGUGAAAUGGUUCAAAGAAGAUACAGAACUGAUAACUGGACCAUCCUGCUUUAUUGGCCUUGAAGGCCUUUCAAGCUUCAUAGAUCUUUAUGCUGUGGGACUUUCGAACACUGGGUCAUACUCUUGCCAAGUUAGCAAUGACGCUGGUACAGCAAAAUGUACCACAAGCUUAUUGGUGAAAGAACCACCUGAAUUCGUUCAGAAACUACCAGCAACCAAGUUUUUAAAGAUGGGAUUGCCACUGCAGCUUGAAGGCAAAGUUACAGGCACACAACCCUUGAAAGUUAGCUGGUACAAAAAUGACAACGCAGUUACUGAGAGUAACAACAUAAGGAUGGCUUUUGAUGGCUCAUUGGCAGUGCUUGAGAUUGUAAGCACCUCCUGUAAUGAUGAUGGAGUGUACACCUGUGAAGUUCAGAAUGAUGCAGGAACAAAGAGCUGCAGCACUACACUCUCAGUGAAAGAACCACCAACUUUCCGUAAAGUUCCCUCACCUGCUGAGGGGUUGAAAGGCAAAGACAUCAGUCUUAGCUGUGAGCUGAAGGGACAUGCACCAUUUGAGAUAACCUGGUUCAAAGACAAAAAACAACUAAAGGAAAGUAAUAAGUACAAAUUUGUCUCUGAGGGCCACUCUGCCACUCUGCAUGUUCUUGGACUGGAGGCAUCAGACGCUGGUGAAUAUGAAUGCAAAGCCUCAAACAAUGUAGGAAGUGACACCUGCAAAGGAAACGUGAAACUCAGAGAACCACCAGUUUUCAUCAAGAAACUGGCUAAUAUGACAGCCAUAGCUGGCGAGGAAGUUACUCUACUGGCAACUGUCAAAGGUUCUGAGCCAAUCAGUGUGUCCUGGGUACAAGACAAGGACCAUGUCCUUAGAGAUGGUGACAACAGAAAAAUUACAUUUGACAAUAACCAGAUAACUUUAAGGAUCUUUAAAGCUGAUUCCACCACUGCUGGGAAGUACACAUGUGAGAUUAAAAAUGAUGCGGGUGUGGCACAGUGCAUAGCGAACCUAACUGUCCUAGAACCUGCUGCCAUCUUGGAUAAGACAGAGUCUGUAAAUGUCACAGCUGGUGAGCCAGCAGUUUUAGAAUGUACAGUAACUGGAACCCCAGAGCUUAAACAAAAAUGGUACAAAGAUGGAGUGGAGCUGUCUUCUGGACAGAAAUAUAAAAUCACCUACUCCAACAAGAUAGCCAGUCUUAAGGUGUUGUCCACAGACAAAAAUGAUACUGGAGAGUACACCUUUGAGAUCUCAAAUGAAGUUGGAAGUGAUAGUUGCAAGAUGCACCUUGGUGUUUUAGAUAAAAUUAUCCCUCCGGCAUUCUCAAGAAAACUGAAGGAUAUCCACAGCACCGUUGAUAAACCUGUUGAAUUGGAUUGCAAGGUUUCUGGCUCUGCACCUCUUACCAUUUCAUGGUAUCACAAUGGUGUUGAGAUCGAGAGUGGGCCAAACUAUGAAAUUAGUUUUGCUGAGAACACCUGUGCACUCAAACUGCCCAUUCUAAAAAUGUCUGAUGCAGGUUCAUACACGUGUAAAGCAGUAAACAGUGCCGGAACUGCUGAGACUACUGCCUCAGUUGAUGUUAAAGAACCUCCAUCUUUCGUGACAACACCUCAAUCAGUUGAAGAACUUCCAGGAUCAAAUGUCACAUUCACAGCAACUGUGAGAGGAAGUGCUCCAUUAAAGCUAAAAUGGUUUAAAGGCAGUAAGGAGAUAGUGUCUUCCGGAGCCUGUGAGAUCACUUUGAGAGGAGAUGUAGCUACACUGGAGCUCAUCAAAAUUGACAAAUCUCAUGCAGGGGAAUACACUUGUCAAAUUAUUAAUGAUGUUGGGAAGGAAAAUGCCCCUGUAACUCUUUUUGUCAAAGAAGCUGCAUACUUUGUCAGAAGGCUGAAAGACAUCUCUGUUGAAGUCGGCAAGUCAAUGAUACUUGAAUGCACGUAUGCUGGAAGCCCUAAGAUUCUGGUGAAGUGGCACAAAGAUGGCCAGGAAAUCUUCUCCUCUUACAGAUAUAAUAUUACAACAACAGAAAGCUCCUGUAUCCUGGAAUGCCUCAACAGUGAUAAAGAGUCAGGAGGAAAUUAUUCAUGUGAAGUCUUAAAUGAAGCUGGCCAUGACACCUGUGAUGCAACAGUGUCCAUUUUAGAGCCACCAUACUUUAUUGAAUGUUUGGAACCAAUGGAAGUGAGUGCAGGAGAUGCUGUCUGUCUGAAAUGCCAGAUUGGUGGCACCCCUGACAUCAAAGUCUCCUGGUUUAAAGAGGAUGGUAAAGUUCGAUCUUCUCCAACCUGUAGAAUUGAGUACUCCAAAGGUGUUGCUUAUCUAAAAUUAGAAAAGGCCUCCAAAGCUGAAAUUGGAGAAUACACUUGUAAGGCUGAAAACAGCAUUGGGUCUGCCUCUACAAGCUGCCGUUUAACAGUACAAGAGGCCAAGACGCCACCAUCGUUCCCCAAGAAAAUAACAAGCAUUCAGCAAACUGUAGGACAUAGUGUCCAGUUUGAGUGCCGUGUUGCAGGAUCAUCGCCACUGGAGAUCUCUUGGCUUAAAGAUGGUGAAGCUCUAAAGAGUGGCCCAGAGUACAUUAUGACUUUUGAUAAUAACUCGGCCGUCCUAAGAAUUCCAGAGGGACAAAUGACACACUCUGGAGAAUACACCUGUGUUGCAACAAAUAUUGUUGGAACUGCCUCUUGUAGAGCCAAGCUCACACUCCAAGAACCAAGAUACCCACCUGUGUUUGACAAGAAGCUUUCACCCGUGGAUGUUUCAGUGGCAAGUACUGUGGAAUUGGAAUGCCACAUGACGGGAACAUUGCCUAUAAAAGUCACUUGGUCAAAGGAUCAUAAAGAUAUUCGCACAGGGGGCAAUUACAAGAUAUCAUGUGUGGACAACACGCCGCAACUGACCAUUCUGAAAGCAGAUAAGGCUGACUCUGGUCGGUAUUCUUGUCAUGCUAGUAAUGAUGUGGGGAAAGACUCUUGUUCAACAGAGGUCAAUGUGAAAGAACAAAAAAUACCACCAAGCUUUACCAAAAAACCUUCAGCAACUCUUGAGGAAACUGAGGGCAAGUUGGUGAAGAUUGAGGCACGUGUUGCUGGAUCACAGCCCAUGAUUGUAAAUUGGUAUAAGGACGAAGAAGAAAUCUUUAGCUCUAACAAAUUUGAUAUAACCUUCAAAAGCAACUUGGCUGUUAUGGUGAUAAAGAGUACUGCCAGCUCAGAUAGUGGAACCUAUACAUGUAAAGUCACCAAUGAGGCCGGUUUUGCUUCUUGCCAGGUUUCGGUUCAUAUUACAGGACGGAAGGUACCUCCAAGCUUUGACUUGCCUCUUAAACCUGUGACAUUGAAUGAGGGUGAGCCACUUUUGCUUAGCUGCCAUGUACGUGGCUCUCCACCAUUAAAAAUUCAGUGGAUGAAGGACAGAAGAGACUUGUCAUCCUCUGCCAGCACCAAGAUCACUUUUGCAGACGGCACUGCCACAUUAAAAAUGCUUAAAGUGUCUAAAACAGAUGCAGGCGAUUACCUCUGCAAGGCAACCAAUGAAGCUGGUAGUGAGUUCUGCAAGUCCAAAGUUAUUGUCAAAGAGAAGUCUAAAGUUCCUGAAGCUCCUGCUCAAGUAGCUCCUGCAGCUCCUGAACCAGCUAAGAAAUUAACCAAUUUGUUUUUCAUUGAGGAACCCAAGAGUGUCCAUAUUACUGAGAAGGGCACUGCAACUUUCAUUGCCAAGGUCGGCGGUGAUCCUAUUCCUAAUGUGAAAUGGAUGAAGGGCAAAUGGAGGCAGAUGAAUCAUGGUGGACGUGUUGCCAUUGUGCAGAAAGGCCAAGAUUCCAAGCUGGAAAUCAAAGGUGUGACCAAAUCUGAUGCUGGCCAGUACAGAUGUGUGGCAUCAAACAAACAUGGAGAAAUCGAAUCCAGCACAGAUUUGACUGUUGAAGAGAAAAAGGAGAUUACACCUGAAAUGGUCACAUUGAAGAAGACACCCUCUAAACAGAAAAGCCCAAAAGAGGAACAGGAAAUUGAUAUUAUUGAGCUGCUCAGAAAUGUGGACCCCAAAGAGUAUGAGAAAUAUGCACGCAUGUAUGGUAUCACGGACUACCGUGGCCUUCUUCAAGCCAUUGAGUUUUUGAAGAAGGAGAAAGAACUAGAAAAAGGUCCAAGACCUGAACUGGAACAUAGAAGACGUGAGUCAGAAGAGGAAGAUCUAUCAAAACUUGUGGCUGAUUUACAAAAGAGAAUGGAGCAAACUGAGCCUGUAACACUGAUCAAAGACAUCAGUGACCAAAUUACAAUUGCCAAUAAAGACGCUGUGUUUGAAUGUGAGAUCAAAAUCAACUACCCAGAGAUAAGCCUGUCCUGGUACAAAGGCACCCAGAAACUUGAAUCAAGUGACAAGUACGAGAUUAAAGUCAUUGGGGACCGCCACAUAUUGAAGCUCAAGAAUUGCCAGCUCCGGGACGAGGGCAGUUAUCGCAUUGUAUGUGGACCGCAUAUCUCCAGUGCCAAAUUGACAGUUUUGGAAGGUGAAGUGGAACAGCACAUGGAAGAUGUUGCUGGUAAGGAAGGCCAAACCUGUACACUUACAUGCCAGUUCUCCAUACCUAAUGUAAAGUCUCAGUGGUUUAAAAAUGGAAAGCUUUUAGAGCCUCAUGGAAGGUACACAUAUACCGUGGCCAAUUACACUCAGAAGCUUUCAGUUAAAGAUGUUAGGCCCGAAGACCAAGGAGAAUAUACCUGCAAAUAUAAAAACCUAGAAACAUCUGCAAAUCUUUGGGUUGAAGCGGAGCAAAUUCAUUUCACUAAACGCAUCCAGAACAUUGUGGUUCGGGAACGUCAGUCUGCAACUUUUGAAUGUGAAGUGUCCUUUGACAAUGCAAUCGUAACAUGGUACAAGGACAUAUGGGAGCUUAAAGAAAGCCCGAAGUAUACGUUCAGGAGUGAAGGUCGACGACAUUUUAUGAUCAUCCGCAAUGUAACCUCAGAGGAUGAAGGCGUAUAUUCAGUGAUUGUCAGAUUGGAGCCCAGAGGCGAAGCCAAAAGCACAGCAGAGCUUUACCUGUCAGGGAAAGACAUUGAUCUAGGAAAGGUACCUUAUGAUAUUCCUGACUCAUCAAUACAAGUCCCUGAAGCACCAUCUGCGUUUACUGUUGAAGCUGAAUCAACCAUCGAAUACUAUCAGUAUGAAGAAAAGAUGGAAAUGAAAGAGUAUGAGUACAGAACAGAAGAAACCAUAGUAGAGGAGGUCUCUAUAUCAGUUCCAAGAAUUCCUGUGGAAGAGAUUGUUGAGAGGAAGGCACUCGGAGUGAGAGAGGAAGUACCGACCAAAGUUCCUGAUAUUGUUGAGAAACCAGAGGAGACACGGAUACCAGUUGAUGAAAAGAUAGAAGCACCAAAAAAAGUACCUGAAGCUAAGAAACCUAAAGAAGAAAAAGUCAUACCACUUAAAGUGGGAGAACCAAAAGAACUUCCUGCUAAAAAAGAAGAGGUACCACCUGUUCCUCAGCCAACGCCAGUUGCUCCCAAGAAAGUGCCAGAAGCUGUAGCACCUGUGGUUCCAGAGCCUAAACCCAUAGAACCUACACCAAAGCCACCAGCAAUACCUGAAGCCAAACCAGAACCCAAGAUGAAAGCCAAGCCUGAGCCUACACCUGAAAAGAAGCUAGAACCAACACCUGAGCUAAAGCCUGUUAAGCCAGAGCCCAAACCAAAAGUUAAGCCUGAGCCCAAACCUGAACCUAAACCUGAGGUUAAGCCUGAGCCCAAACCUGAACCUAAACCUGAGAAGUUGGGUCCUUCAGAAAAGCCAGCCAUUCCUCUGAAAAAGGAGGAAGUAACUCCCACAGUUGAAAAGAAACCAACUCCAGAGCCUGCAAAGAAAGUUUCUCCAGUUGAAGUUAAAAAAGAAGCACCACCUGAGCCUAAAGUUGUGUUGCCAGAAAAGAAAGUUCCUCCUGUUGAAGAUGGUGAAAAGGAACCAGUUGAAGCUCCUGCACCCACACCUGUGAAAAAAGGAAAAAUUCUUAUUGCUGAGGAAGAAAAGCUAGAAAUUCCAACUCUAAAGAAAGUUACAAGGAUCUCCAGAGAGAAGCACGAGGAACAAGAAAAAGUGACAUUGAAAAAGGUUCAUAAACCAUCACCAGAAGAGCAUGAAGAACCAAAAAAGAUCUAUGCUGAAGCCACCACUGAGGUUUUAAUAACUGAGAGUUAUGAAGCCGAAAGGCAUUUUGAAAAAUAUGAACGCAUCAAAAGACCUGAAAUUCCAAGACCUGAAAAAGUAAAAGUGACACCAGUGGAGCCUGAAAAAGAACCGGAAAAGGCAAAAGCACAGGAGGAAAAAGUAGAAAAGCCAGACCUGAAGAAAACUGCCAAAAUUUCAAAACAAGAUGUGCCUGAAGAACCUGGACUGGCUUUAAAGAAAGUAAAGAAAUUGCCACCAGAAACAAAGGAACAAGAAACUGUAAAAUUAAAACCUUUUGAAAAACCUGAAAAAACAGUGCCUCAACCAGUAAAAGACACUACAAAAGAACCAACUGAAAAAGAACCUGUACUUUUCCAAAAAGGCAGAGAACCUAUUAGUUUUGAGAAAGGUGAAAAACCUCAAAAACCUGAUGUGCAAAAAGAACCUGAGGUCACCAAGAAAACAACAGAGCCUCCUAAACCUGAAGAUAAGAAACCAGAUGAGACUGUACGGAAGCCUGUUGAUAGAGCUAAAAAAGAUGAGCAGAAAAAAGAACCUGAUACACCAUCAUGGAAAGGCAAGAGGAUCCCAAAAAAAGAUGAGGAACCUGAGAAGGUUCAAUUAAAGCCUUUCACAAAAAAGCCUUCAGCUGGAUCACCAGCAGAAAAAGAAACUCCUCAACCAAAAGAUCAAAAGCCACUAGAAAAAUUACCACCAAGCCAAAUACCUAAGACAGAAAUCUUAAAAGAACCAAGAACUCCACAAAAGGAAGCUGAAAUUCCUGAAAAGGAAACUGAAAAGAAGCCAUCCGAAGUUGCUAAAGAAGAAGAAAAGAAAGAAAUUCCCAAAAAGGUAACUCCUGUCAAAAAGGAGGUGUCUCCGAAGAAGAAAGAGGAGGAGAGAAAGCCCCUCGUUAUCAAAAAGGGUGUUUUACCAAAGGAGCCUGAGAAAGAAGAGGUUAUACUGAAACCCAUUGAACUUGCGAAGAAGGGUUUGGAGCCUAAAAAGACUCCUUCACCCAAGGUGACUCAAGCAGAACCGACUGAUCUAGCUCCACUAGAGAAAAAGCCAAGUGUAGGUCUGGCUAAGAAACCACUCCUUGAAAAGGUUUCCCCCAAAGAAUCAAUCGAAAGUGUUAUUUUGAAAAAAGUGCCCAAGAAAAUUUCUCCCCCGGACAAAAAAAUUGAGGAAAUUCCCGCAGUAAAGGAAAGACAGGAGAUUCCUUUAAUGAAAGAGCUGUCCCCUGGGGCUGUGGAGUUAAGAAAAAUCUCAACACAAAUGGAAGAAGAAGCUUUUGAAGAGGAAAUGGCUGAGGUUGGAGAGGAGGAGGAGGAGGAGGAGGCAUGGGGAUGGGAGAUUUCUCCUCAAGAUAGUUAUGCUUCUGAAGACGCAGAGUAUUUGGAGGAAGGUGCGCUUGAGACUGCUGGGGUACCAGGAGGUAGACGAGAGGGAAAACCAAAAGAGGAAGAUGGAAGGGGACGGGGCUUAAAACCAAAACAAACUCCUUCUCCUGUUGAAGCUGGACGAGGAAGAGGGCUGAAACGUGGUGCUGGUGGUGACAAACCUCCAGGACCAUCUCCAUUUGAAUACACGCUUAAGGCUGUUCCAUUAAAGUUCGUAAAAGAACUUAAAGACAUUGUGUUGCUGGAGGCUGAGUCUAUUGGUUCCUCUGCUGUGUUUGAGUGCCAGAUUUCUCCAUCUACUGCUAUGACAUCAUGGAUGAAAGACGGAAGUAACCUGAGGGAGGGUCCAAAGCACAAGUUCACUGCUGAUGGAAAAGACCGCAAACUUGCCAUUAUCGAUGUCCAGCUGUCUGACACAGGGGAAUACACAUGUGUUGCCACACUGGGCAAUAAAGAGAAGACCUCUACUGCCAAACUUAUUGUUGAAGAGUUGCCUGUGAGAUUUACAAAGAACCUGGAAGAGGACGUUUCUGUUAUUAAGGGUCAGCCCAUGUACUUGACCUGUGAGUUAAGUAAAGAAAGGGUUGUGAUUUGGAAGAAGGAUGGAAAGCCAAUUUCAGAAAUUGCGGGCAAAAUUGCAAUUAAUGUGAUUGGACUGCAACAUUCUGUAACAAUCCAGAAUGCAAAUGAUGAUGAUGCUGGUAUUUACACAUGCGAGUGUGAAAAUCUUAAAACUCAAUCCAAUGUUAAAGUGAUUGAAAUCAUCAGAGACUGGUUGGUAAGACCAUUAAGGGACCAGCAUGUGAAACCAAAGGCCACUGCUACCUUUAAAUGCGAGCUAGUCAAAGACACUCCCAACUGGAAGUGGUUCAAGGGAAAUGAUGAAAUUCCAGUGGAACCUACAGAUAAAACUGAAGUCAAGAAAGAUGGAAAAGAUAUCACUCUGACUAUAAAGAACGCUCAACCAAAUGAUGCUGAUGAGUAUGCCAUUGAAGUAGAAGGGCGUAGAUACCCAGCAAAACUAACACUUGGAGAUCGUGAAGCGGAGAUACUAAAACCACUUGCCAGUGUGGAAGUGAUUGAAAAAGAGGAAGCUAAUUUUGAUACUGAAAUCUCAGAGGAGGAUGUGCCUGGAGAAUGGAAACUUAAAGGGCAGGUUCUCACGAGAUCCCCGACAUGUGACAUUAGAGCAGAGGGAAAGAAGCGGUUCCUCACUUUGAAAAAUGUUCAGCUUGAUCAGGCUGGAGAAGUAACAUACCAAGCUCUGAACGCCCUCACAAGUGCAAUUCUUACAGUCAAAGAAAUUGAAAUGGACUUCAUAGUACCACUAAAGGAUAUUUCAGUGCCUGAAAAGAAACAAGCAAAGUUUGAGUGUACCAUCACUAAAGAUGUGUCUAAAGUGAUAUGGUAUAGAGGAUCUGAUAUUAUAACAUCAGACCAGAAAUAUGAUAUAAUUGAUGAUGGAAAGAAACACAUGCUGGUUAUAAACCACUGUGAAUUUGAUGAUGAGGGGGAUUACAGUAUUGAAGUCUUGAGCAAAAAAUCAACAGCUAAACUGACAGUGGAGGGUAUUAGACUGAAAUUUGUCUCACCAAUGUCGGAUCAAACUGUGAAGGAAGGUAAAACAGCGCGUUUUGAGAUUGAGCUCUCUCAUGAGAAUGUGCCAGUGACUUGGUACAAAAAUGAAACAAAACUGCAUCCAAGCAGAACAGUGCUUACCCAUGUUGAUGGAAAGAGACAUAUAUUAGAAAUCAAAGAAGUCACACUAGAUGAUACAUCCCAAAUAAAAGCAGAGGCUAAAGGAAUAUCAACUACAGCAAACCUAACAGUACUAGAGGGAGAUGCCUACUUCACAGUUAAACUUCAAGACUACACUGCGGUUGAGAAAGAUGAGGUCAUUCUUGAUUGCGAGCUGAGCAAAAAUGUUCCUGUUAAGUGGUUCCAUAACGAGAUUGAAAUUAAGGCUUCAAAAAUGGUUUCCAUGAAGGUUGAAGGUAACCGAAGAAUUCUCCAAAUUAAGAAAGUAGAGAACAAAGACAAGGGCCAGUAUGUUUGUGACUGUGGAACAGACAAAACAAUGGCCACUGUAAACAUUGAAGCACGUGACAUUAAGGUUGUUCGUCCUAUGUAUGGUGUUGAGCUGUAUGAUGGUGAAACUGCACGUUUUGAAGUGGAACUCUCAGAGGAUGAUGUCCAUGGACAAUGGAAAUUGAAAGGAGAGGUCCUUUCUCAAUCACCGGAUGUUGAAAUCAUUGAGGAUGGAGCCAAGCACACUUUAACUUUGUACAACUGCAAAGUUCCCCAGACAGGCGAAGUUUCAUUCCAGGGUGCCAAUGCAAAGUGUUCUGCGAAUCUGAAAGUGAAAGAGCUUCCAAUUACUUUCCUCACACCCUUGAGUGACGUGCAAGUAUAUGAGAAAGACGAAGCGAGGUUUGAGUGUGAAAUAUCACGAGAGCCAAAAGUCUUCAGGUGGCUCAAGGGAACCCAGGAGUUGAAGGCAGAUGACAAAUUUGACAUCCUGACAGAAGGAAAACGGCACAUUCUUGUUGUCAAAUCCGCUGCUUAUGAUGAUGAGGCUAAAUACAUGUUUGAGGCUGAAGACAAGAGGACAUCAGCCAAACUCAUUAUUCAAGGCAUUCGUCUAGAGUUCAUUAAGCCUAUUAAGGAUGUUACUGUAAAGGAGCGUGAGACAGCAGAAUUCAGCAUUGAGCUUUCACAUGAGAAAGUUCAGGUCACCUGGUACAAAAAUGAUGUGCGUUUGCACCCAAGUAAAGUGGUGCACAUGUCUGAACAAGGGAAGAUUCACACUCUGUCGUUCAAGGAGGUGUCCAUCGAUGAUACAUCUUUGAUCAAAGCAGAGGCCCUUGGAAAAAGCUGUGAGGCAAUGCUCACCGUACUUGAGGGAGAAGCUUAUUUCACUACCAAGCUCCAGGACUACACAGCAGUUGAGAAGGAUGAGGUUGUGCUGAUGUGUGAACUGAGCAAACCCUCUGCUGAAGUGAAAUGGUUCAAAGAUGGAAAGGAAAUUACUCCUUCCAAAAAUAUCCUCAUCCAGGCUGAUGGCAAGAAGCGUUUUCUCACAGUUAAGAGGGCUGAUAAGGGAAAUAUUGGUCAAUAUACUUGUGACUGUCGUACUGACAAAACAACAGCUAAGCUCAAUAUUGAGGAUCGUGAUAUAAAGGUUGUCCGGCCACUGUACAGUGUGGAAGUUACAGAGACUGAGACUGCUCGCUUUGAAACAGAGAUCUCAGAAGAAGAUGUCCACGGCCACUGGAAACUUAAAGGAGAGAGUUUGCACCAGUCACUGGACUGUGAGAUUAAGGAGGAAGGCCCCAAACACAUGCUGAUUCUCUAUAAUGUACUCAAGGAUAUGGCUGGUGGUGUGGACUUCAGUGCUGCCAAUGCUAAAUCUAGUGCUCAUCUCAGAGUUAAAGCACGAGUGAUAGGCCUCAUUCGGCCUCUCAGGGAUGUUACAGUUACGGCUGGGGAGACUGCAACCUUUGACUGUGAACUGUCUUAUGAGGGCAUAUCUGUGGAGUGGUUCCUUGGGGGUACAAAACUGGAACCAAGCGACAGAGUGGUGACCCGAGCUGAAGGUAGAACCCAUACGCUAACCCUAAGAGAUGUCAAACUCACUGAAGCAGGAGAGGUAAAACUCACUGCAAAAGAUUUCCAAAUCCAGGCCAACCUUAUUGUAAAAGAGCCUCCAGUUGAGUUUACCAAGCCGCUUGAAGAUCAGACUGUUGAGGAAGAAGCUACUGCCAUACUAGAGUGUGAAGUCUCCAAAGAAAAUGCAGAGGUCAGGUGGUUAAGAGAUGGACAAGAAAUUCGUAAAACAAAGAAGUAUGAGAUGGUUGCUGAUGGCUGCAAGAGAAAGCUUAUUAUCCAUGACUGCACACUUGAUGACUCAAAAACUUAUACCUGUGAUGCCAAGGACUUUAAGACAUCUGCUUUUCUAAAUGUUGAACCUCCACAUGUUGAGUUCACAAAACCACUCCAUGAUGUUGAAGUAAUGGAGAAAGAGACUGCCAAGUUCGAGUGUGAAGUUUCCAGGGAAAAUGCCAAGGUUCGCUGGUUCAAAGAUGGCAAUGAAAUCAGGAAAGGCAAGAAAUAUGAUAUAAUCUCCAAAGGUGUUCAACGCAUUCUCAUAAUUAGCAAGGCGGUGUUUGAUGAUGAAGCUGAAUAUGAAUGUGAUGCAAGGACCUCCAAAACCUCUGGCAUGCUAACUGUUAUUGAGGAGGAAGCAAGGUUCACAAAGAACCUGGCUAAUGUUGAAGGCACUGAAACCGACAAUAUUAAACUGAUCUGUGAGGUCUCCAAGUCCAGCGCAGACGUUACAUGGUAUAAAGGUGAUCAGGAAUUGCCAGAGGGUGGUAGAUACGAACAUGUUGCAGAUGGCAGAAAGAGAAUACUUAUCAUCCAGGCCCUUCAUAUGGGUGAUGCGGGAGAAUACCACUGCAAAUUGCCCAGCUCACAAACUACAGGAAACCUCAGAAUCAAUGAACUUGCUGCUGAGUUCAUCUCCAGACCUCAAAGCCAGGAGGUGGUUGAAGGUGAAAAAGCUGAGUUUGUGUGCUCUGUGUCCAAAGACUCUUAUGAACUCAAGUGGCUCAGGGGUGACAAAGAACUUCAAACAGAUGACAAGUAUGAAAUCAUUUCUGAUGGCAAAAGACGAGUCCUUGUAGUGAGGAAUUGUGAGCUCAGUGAUGAGGGUCCUUUUGUAGCUCUCAUUGGUGCAACAAGAGCUUCCGCCGAUUUGAUCGUCCUUGAAAAACUCAGAAUUAUCACACCCCUUAAGGACACCAAGGCAAGUGAAGGACAAGAGAUUGUUCUUAACUGUGAGGUAAACUCAGAGGAAGCCAAGGCCAAAUGGAUGAAGAAUGAUGAAACUAUAUUUGACAGCAGCAAAUUUAUCAUGACCCAGAAAUACAAUGUGUACUCUCUGAGAAUUAAGGAUGCUGAAAUGUCAGAUGCAGCUACUUACACAGUAACAUUGACCAAUCAACGCAAUGAAUGUGUCAAGAGUUCUGCAAAGAUUACUGUACAGGCGGAGGAUCUGAAAAUCAUUGUUCCUCUGGAGGACGUUGAAACACAAGAAAAGAAGACCAUCAGCUUCUCAUGCAAAGUAAACAAACUAAAUGUAACUCUGAAGUGGAUGAAGGCUGGACAGGAGAUUACUCUCAGCAAGCGCAUUGUGUAUCGCGUUGACAGAGACAAGCAUACCUUGACCAUUAAAGACUGUAGUCUGGCAGAUGAAGGGGAAUACUUUGUCACUGCUGGUGCUGACAAGUCAACUGCUGAGCUGAUUAUCAGUGAAGCACCUACAGACUUUAUCACCCAGCUUCAAGACCAGACGAUUACUGAAUUUGAAGACGCUGAAUUUACCUGCGAACUCUCAAAAGAAAAGGCUGAAAUUAAAUGGUACAGAGAUGGCAGAGAGAUCAGAGAGGGACCACGAUAUCAGUUUGAGCGUGAUGGAAAAACCUGCACGCUACGUAUUAAGGAAUGCAGACCUGAUGAUGAAUGUGAAUAUGCCUGUGGUGUAGAUGAGAAAAAAUCACGGGCUCGUCUAUUUGUUGAAGAAACACCGGUGGAGAUUGUCAGACCACCCAUGGAUAUAUUUGAGCCCCCUGGCUCUGAUGUUGUGUACGAGGUUGAGCUUAACAAAGACAAAGUUGAAGUCAAAUGGCUAAGGAACAAUAUGUCUAUUGUCCAGGGUGACAAGUACCAAAUGAUGAGUGAAGGCAAGAUUCACAGACUUCAAGUAUGUGAGAUUCGACCUCGUGACCAAGGAGAGUACAGAAUUAUUGCUAAAGACAAAGAUGCAAAAGCCAAGCUUGAGCUUGCGGCUGUGCCAAAGAUUAAGACACUGGAUCAGGACCUGGUGACAGACGCUGGAAAACCACUUAUCAUGUCAGUUCCCUACAAUGCAUACCCACAUGCUGAAGCUGAAUGGUUCUUUGACAAUGUCAGCCUGCCGAAAGAAAAUCUUCAUACCAUGCCGGACAAAGCAGAGUACCGUUUGAAGGACCCGAAGAAGUCAGAUGAGGGCCGUUACAAGAUCAUUAUCAAGAACAAGCAUGGACAGGGGGAGGCUUUCAUCAAUCUGAAAGUUAUUGAUGUUCCUGGCCCUGUGAAGAACCUCAACGUAGUUGAUACUGCUGAUGGAGAAGUCAGCAUUGCAUGGGAUGAGCCUGACAGCGAUGGAGGAAGCAAGAUCUUAGCCUAUGUUGUGGAGAGACGUGAUGUGAAGCGCAAAACUUGGACUCUGGCGACUGACCAUGCUGAUACCACAGAGUACACCAUCACUGGGCUACAGAAAGACUCCAAGUACUUUUUCCGCGUUUGUGCACGCAACAGAGUUGGCAGUGGUCCAAAUGUUGAAACAGAAGAAGCAGUGCAAGCUAAAAAUAAGUUUGAUGUUCCUGAUGCACCUCAAAAUGUCAUUGUUGGAAAUGUAAACAAGUUUGGUGCCACAGUCUCUUGGGAACCACCUCUGUUUGAUGGUGGAUCAGAAAUCACAUCCUACAUUGUUGAACUCCGUGACAGAACAUCUGUGCAGUGGUCUCCAGUCAUGGUGACCAAAGCACAAGAUCGGUCAGCUAUAAUCAAUGAUGUCAUUGAAAACAAAGAAUACAUCUUCCGUGUAAGAGCAGAAAACAAGGCUGGUCCUGGCAAGCCAAGUGCUGCCACAAACCCAGUUAAAAUCAUGGACCCAAUAGAGAGACCAAGCCCACCUUUGAAUCUCACACACUCUGAACAAACCAAGGAUGACUGUCUGCUAACAUGGGAGACUCCUCUUAAAAAUGGAGGUAGCAUGAUAACUGGCUAUAUUAUUGAGAGAUGUGAGGAAGAUUCAGACAAGUGGCUAAGAUGUAAUGCCAGGCUUUGCCAGGACCUCUCAUACAAGGUGUCUGGUCUUAAAUUUGGAAAGAAGUAUAGGUACAGAGCCAUUGCUGAGAAUGCAGCUGGUCAGUCUGACCCAUCCAAUAUUGUUGGACCUGUGCUGGCAGAUGACCCACACUUUGCGCCCACACUUGACUUGAGUGCCUUUAAGGAUGGCCUGGAGGUCAUUGUACCACAGCCUCUUAUAAUCCGUGUUCCCAUCACUGGAUACCCAACACCUACUGCUAAGUGGACCUUUGGUGACAAGGAGCUCAGUGCUGGUGACCGUGUGUCCAUGGUCACAAAAAGCACGUUUACAGAGUUAGUCAUUUCUCCAAGUGUGCGGCCAGAUAAAGGCAGAUAUUCACUGACCCUGGAGAAUGAUGUAAGCAGCGUCUCUGGAGAGAUUGACGUCAAUGUCAUUGCAUGUCCAAGUGCACCCAAGGACUUCAAGGUGGCAGAGGUAACCAGAAGACAUGUGCAUCUUAUGUGGGAAGCACCAGACCACGAUGGAGGCAGUCCACUGACUGGCUACCAGGUUGAGAAGCGUGAAGUAUCCAGAAAGACAUGGGUCAAGGUCAUUAGUGGUGUGCAAGACCAGGAAUACACUAUCACAGAUGUGAUUGAAGGCAAAGAGUACUUGUUCAGAGUUAUUGCCUGCAACAAGUGUGGCCCUGGAGAGCCUGCCUACAUUGAUGAUCCUAUAAAUGUGUCUUCACCAGCCACUGUUCCAGAUCCACCCGAGAAUCUUAAAUGGAGAGACAAGUCAGCAAGUAAAAUAUUCCUUUCUUGGGAACCUCCAAAAUGGGAUGGUGGUGCUCCAAUUAAAGGCUACAUGGUUGACAAAUGCCAACGUGGUACUGACAAGUGGGAGCCAUGUGGAGAUGCAUUACCAGACCUAAAGCUUGAAGUUACUGGUCUGAUAGAAGGACAGUGGUAUGCUUAUCGUGUGAGGGCCUUAAAUAGACUGGGCUCAGGUAGACCUAGUAAGGCAACUGAUGAGAUUUUGGCUAUUGAUCCUAAAGAGCCUCCAGAAAUUCACUUGGAUGCAAAACUUCUGGCAGGCUUAACUGCAAAGGCUGGCACAAAAAUCGAACUUCCUGCUGAUGUCACAGGCAAACCAGAGCCUAAAGUGAAAUGGACAAAGGCUGACCUUAUACUUAAGGAAGAUGACAGAAUAUCUAUUGAUACUAAGCCUGGUCACUCCACAGUGUCAAUUGCUAAGACAAAAAGAGAUGAUUCUGCAACAUACAUUAUUGAAGCAGUUAACAGCAGUGGCCGAGCAACUGCAACAGUUGACGUCAACAUUUUAGAUAAACCUGGCCCCCCAGCUGCCUUCGAUAUUUCUGAAAUCACCAAUGAGUCCUGUUUACUGGCCUGGAAUCCACCCAGAGAUGAUGGUGGCUCAAAGGUGACAAACUACAUUGUUGAGAGAAAAGCUACAGACAGUGAAAUCUGGUACAAGUUGUCUUCUACUAUAAAGCAGACCAACUACAAAGCCACCAAGCUUGUGACUUUCAAAGAAUAUAUCUUUAGAGUCUAUGCUGAGAAUCAAUUUGGCAUUGGUCCAGCAGCUGAACAUUCUCCAAUUACUGCAAGAUAUUCAUUUGAUCCGCCUGGACCUCCAUAUAAAUUGGAGGCCUCGGAUAUUGCUAAGGAUGCUGUAACUCUAACCUGGUAUGAGCCAGAUGAAGAUGGAGGAAGUCCCAUCACUGGCUACUGGGUUGAGAGAUUUGAGCCAGAUGCUGAUAAGUGGAUAAGAUGCAAUAAAACACCAGUAGCAGACACAAACCUUAGGGUAAAAGGAUUGCCCACAAGGAAGAAGUAUAAGUUCCGUGUCUUAGCCGAAAAUCUUGCUGGACCAGGCAAACCAAGCAAAGAGACUGACCACAUCAUGAUCAAGGAUCCUAUUGAUCCCCCAUGGCCUCCUGGCAAGCCAACAGUUAAGGAUGUUGCAAAGACAUCUGCUUUCCUGCAGUGGACAAAGCCUGAGCAUGAUGGUGGUGCUAAGAUUGAGUCCUAUAUCAUUGAACUCCUCAAGAGUGGAACUGAUGAGUGGGUUCGUGUGGCAGAUGGCAUACCUUCUCUUGAAUAUUUUCUGAAGGGAUUAAUGGAGAAACAGGAAUAUUCCUUCCGUGUCAGAGCUGUCAAUGCAGCAGGCGAGAGUGAACCUAGUGAACCUAGCAAUCCUGUUCUUUGCAAGGAGAGACUUAAUCCUCCAUCACCACCAAGAUGGCUAGAGGUGAUGAGUAUUUCAUGUAACAGUGCUGAACUUAAGUGGACAGCCCCAGAGAGAGAUGGUGGUUCUCCAAUUACCAAUUAUAUUGUGGAAAAGAGAGAUGUGAGACGCAAGGGCUGGCAGGUUGUGGAUACCACAGUGAAGGAGCUGAUACAUACUGUCACUCCACUGAAUGAAGGCUCACUCUAUGUAUUCCGUGUGGCAGCUGAGAAUGCUGUUGGUCCUAGCGAAUACUGUGAACUUGUAGACUCAGUUUUGGCAAAAGACACAUUCACUACUCCUGGACCUCCUUAUGCUCUUGCUGUCACAGGAGUGUCAAAGACACAUGUUGAUCUUAAAUGGGAAGCACCAAAGAACGAUGGUGGCAGACCUAUCUUACGGUAUGUCAUUGAAAAGAAAGAGAAACUUGGCACUCGCUGGGUGAAAGCUGGAAAGACAUCAGGUCCUGACUGUCAGUACAGGGUGACUGAUGUCAUUGAAGGCACUGAAGUACAAUUCCAGGUCCUUGCUGAGAAUGAGGCUGGAGUUGGUCACCCAAGUGAACCUACAGACAUUGUGGUAGUUGAGGACCCAACAGGUCCACCAUCUCCCCCCCAGGAGCUUCAUGUUACUGAUGCAGCCAGGGACCAUAUUUCUAUUGCAUGGAAAGCUCCAGAAAGAAAUGGAGGAAGUGCAGUCAUUGGAUACCACAUCGAGCUUUGCGAGGCUGGAACAGAAAAGUGGAUGAGAGUUAACUCUCGUCCAGUUAAAGAGCUAAAAUACAGGGCUGGGGAAGAGGAAGGCAUUGUGCCUGAGAAGAAAUACAUUUUCAGAGUUCGUGCUGUCAAUUCUGUUGGUGCUAGCGAGCCAUCCGACAUCUCCGAGAGUGUAUACGCUAAAGACUCUGACUGCAACCCUACUAUUGACUUCCAGACCAAGGACAUCAUUGUUGUGGAGGGCGAGAAGAUGCACCUCCCAAUUCCAUUUAAGGCUGUUCCAUCACCUAGGAUCACAUGGCACAAAGAUGGCAAGGAGAUGAAGGCUGAUGAGAGAACUUCAUUCAGAUCAGAUUACACUUCCUGCCACCUGGAAAUUCCAAGCUGCCUGCAUGGUGAUGCUGGCCAAUACAAAGUUACCCUGGAGAACAGCCUUGGCACAGUCAGUGGGACAAUUAAUGUUAAAGUUAUUGGUCUUCCUGGCCCAUGCAAGGAAAUUGCUGCUAGUGAUAUCACCAAGAACUCAUGCAAAGUGACCUGGGAACCUCCAGACUAUGAUGGUGGAAGUCCUAUCCUGCACUAUGUCCUGCAGCGCAGAGAAGCAGGCAGGAGAACAUAUGCCAAUGUUAUGUCUGGUGAGAACAAACUAAGCUGGACUGUCAAGGACCUCAUCCAAAAUGGAGAGUACUAUUUCCGUGUCAGAGCAGUGAACAAAAUUGGUGGUGGCGAGUUUAUUGAGCUUCGCAAUCCUGUAAUUGCUGAGGAUCAGAAACAUCCACCUGAUCCACCUGUUGAUGUUGAAACUCACAACCCUACUUCUGAAUCUGUGACCCUUACUUGGAAGCCACCCAUGUAUGAUGGUGGAAGCAAGAUCAUGGGUUACAUUCUAGAGAAGAUGAUGAAAGGUGGUGAAAAAUUUGAGAGAUGCAAUGACUUCCUGGUGCCUGUAUUGUCCUACACGGUUAAGGGCUUGAAACCUGGAAAAGAAUAUCAGUUCCAGGUUCGUGCAGAAAAUGCAGCAGGGAUUAGUGAGCCUUCUCGGGCUACCCCUAUGGUCAAAGCCACUGAUGCAGUUGAUCGUCCCAAAGUGUUCCUCAGUGGCAGUCUGCAAUCAGGCUUAAGUGUCAAGAGAGGUGAGGAGAUCCGACUAACUGCCUACAUUUCUGGUUUUCCUUACCCGGAAAUAACAUGGACGAGGAACAAUGCAACCAUCAGGCCAGAGGCACUGAGGAAGAGGCCAGAAAGGCCUAUUAGAAAGAAGAAGGAAAAGAAGGCAGAGGAAGAAAAAGUAGAAGACAAGGAGAAAAAGGAGGAGGAAACAAAAGAAGAGCAGGACAAGAAGGAGGAAGAAAAGAAGGAGCCAGUACAGGAGGCAGAGGAACCAGAAGAGCCAGAGGAGGAAUAUCACCCAUCAUUAAAUGAACGUCUUACUAUUGAUAACUCAAGGACGGGUGAAUCCAACAUUUUUGUAAAAGAUUGUAUCAGAGGUGAUCAUGGUGUUUUCACCAUCAAGGUGGAGAAUGAUCACGGUAUUGCCUCUGCCACCUGUGAAGUUAAUGUCCUGGAUACUCCUGGACCUCCAGUCAACUUCAAAUUUGAGGAGGUCAGGAAGGAUUCUAUCCUUUGUAGGUGGGAUCCUCCUCUAGAUGAUGGUGGCAGUGAGGUCCUUAAUUAUAUAUUGGAAAAAAAAGACAACUCCAAGGUUGAGACUGGAUGGGUCACUGUAACAUCAACUCUCAGAGGUUGCAAGUACCCAGUGACAAAACUGAUUGAGGGAAAGGAGUAUAUUUUCAGAGUAACUGCUGAGAACAGAUUUGGUCCUGGAAAACCAUCUAUCUCCAAACCUGUCAUUGCCAAGGAUCCAUUUGAUCCCCCAGAGGCACCUGAGAAACCUGAAAUUCUGGAUAUUACAGCUAACAGCAUGGUUGUUACUUGGAAGGAACCGAAUGACAAUGGGAGUCCCAUUCAAGGAUACUGGGUGGAAAAACGAGAAAUCAACAGUACACACUGGGCACGAGUUAAUCGCAACCUUAUUGAUGCACUAGAAGUAAAAGUAGAGGGCCUUUUGGAAGGACUGACAUACAUUUUCAGGGUCAGUGCUGAAAAUGUAGCUGGAUGUGGAAAGUUCAGUCCACCAUCUGAUCCAAAAACAGCUCAGGCUCCUAUCUUACCACCGGGUCCACCAACUCCACGUGUUGUUGACACGACUGACCAUUCAAUAACAGUUGAAUGGGAUCCUCCAGCAGACAAUGGUGGUGCAGACAUUUUUGGUUACCAUGUUGACAAGGUUAUUGCUGGCAGCAAAGACUGGUCACGUGCCACUGAGAGACCAUGUAAGAACCACAAGUUUACUGUGUAUGGUGUCAGAGAAGGAGCUAAGUACGUUGUCCGUGUGAUGGCAGUCAACUCCGCUGGUGAAGGUGCUCCUGGUAUAACAGAUGCUGUCAUUGUGAGGAAUCCAGCAGAGAUGCCUGUAAUUGAACUUGAUAUCUCCGUGAAGAGUGGUCUUAUUGUAAGAGCUGGAGAGAUGCUGAGGGUUCCUGCACAUGUAACAGGUAAACCAAAACCAUCACUUACAUGGACAAAGGAUGAUGCAGCUCCAGACAAAAAGCGUGCAGAAAUAGAAGAAGUAGGACAAGACAGCACUUUGAUCAUCAAGACCUCAAAACGAAGUGACAGUGGCAAAUAUCAGAUCACUGCAGCAAACCCAAGUGGUAUCAAGUCUGCAUGGACUAGGGUUGAAGUUGUGGAUGUUCCUGGACCUGUUCUUGAACUUAAGCCUGUAGUAGUAACCAGAAAGUUAAUGAUUCUGAACUGGUCUGAUCCCGACGAUGAUGGUGGUAGUGAUUUGACUGGCUUCAUUGUUGAAAGAAAAGAGCCAAAGAUGCACACAUUUAGACAGCCCAUUGAAACCGUUGCAUCCAAAUGUGAAAUUGUAGGUAUUAUUGAAGGACAGGAGUACAUCUUCCGAGUGGUGGCCAAGAACAAAUAUGGCUGUGGGCCACCAGUAGAUCUUGGACCUAUUCUUGCAGUAGAUCCACAAGGUCCACCAACCUCUCCUGAGAAGUUCCACUACACAGAAAGGACUAAGUCAUCCAUUACUCUUGCAUGGAAGCCCCCUCGCAAUGACGGUGGUAGUCCAAUUAUUGGUUAUAUUAUUGAAAAGAAACGUCAAGAUCAUCCUGCUUUCCAGCCUGUUUCCAAAGACUUGUGUACAGAUCUAACACUGACUGUUGAAAAUCUGGAUGAGCUGCACAUGUAUGAGUUCCGUGCAAAAGCUGUUAAUAGCAUUGCUGAAAGUGAUCCUUCUAUACCAGUAACUGCUGUGAUUCAGGAUGAUGAAGUUGCUCCAACUUUGCACAUGAUGCAGCACUUCAAAUUUGACUUGGUUAGGGUAAGGAAGAAUGAGCCAGUUGAGAUUCCUGCUGAAAUCAUAGGUCUCCCACUGCCAAAGGUCGAAUGGUUGAAAGAUGAAGUUGUUAUUGCAAAGCCCACUGAGAGAGUCCUGUUUGAGACUAAAGUGAUUGACAGACAGACAGAACACACCAAACUCACUAUCCCAGCUACUACAAGGCUGGAAAAGGGAACAUACACAGUGACUGCUUCAAAUCGCCUUGGGACAGCCAGCCAUUCCAUCACAGUGGAAGUGCUGGAUCGACCAACACCACCAAGAAAUGCUGCAGUUUCAAAUAUUCGAUCCGAGUCUUGCCAGCUGACCUGGGAUGCACCACUGGAUACUGCUGGUAGUGAGAUCACCAAUUACAUUGUUGAGAUGAAAGACCUUAAUGUUGAAGAUCCUGAGAAAGCUGAAUGGGUUCAGGUUACUAACAACAUAAUAGAGAAAAAAUAUUGGGCAUGGGAACUUGUAAAUGGUGGAAAAUAUAAGUUCAGAAUUAAAGCUCAGAAUAAGUAUGGAAUAAGUGAUGCCUGUGAGGCAGAGGAAGUACAGAUAAAGGAUCCAUGUGCCCUGCCUGGUCCCCCAGAAAGAGUUGCUAUAGCAGAGCAUUCUAAAUCCCAUAUACUAGUAACAUGGGAACCUCCUAUGGAUAGUGGAGGAUCUACGAUUAUCGGCUACUGGUUGGAGAAGCGUCAAAAAGGUACCACCUACUGGGCUAAAGCAAAUAAGACCCUUGUGUCAAAACGUGGCAUGAAAACCUGGGAAUUUCCGGUUACACGUCUUAUUGAGGGAACUGAAUAUGAAUUCCGAGUGAUGGCUUGCAAUGCUGCAGGAGUUGGCCCCCCAAGCGCUGUCUCUGAAUCAGCUUUUGCUGAUGAUCCUAUCACUCCACCUGGCAUGCCAGCAGCUCCUGUAGUUGCUGAUAAAACCAAGCGUAGUGUCACUCUGUCAUGGACCCCACCAGCCAAAGAUGGUGGCAGUCCAAUCAAAGGUUACAUAAUUGAGAUCCAGGACGAGGGUACAUCUGAAUGGGCUAGGGUGAAUGAUGCAGACAAUCUACAUCCCACUACUGAAUUCACUGUUCCCAAUCUCCAGGAACUCAAGAAAUACAGAUUUAGAAUUAUUGCAGUAAAUAAAAUUGGCGAGUCUGAACCAAGUCCUAGAACCACAGAGGUUCUCAUGGAGGACAUCCACACUGAGCCAAAGGUAUUUUUGGACAUCACCGCUGAAGAAUUACUAUGUAUCCGAGCUGGAACUCCAAUCAAAAUCCCAGUAACUGUUACUGGGCGUCCUGUUCCCAAGGUUACUUGGGAAUUUGAUGGCAAAGCAAAGACAGAGAAGAAGGAUCGUCUUCAUACCCUACCAGUUGAUUCACAGGUGGAAUCUACUGACACUACCUCUGUUGUAACAAUUCCUGUGAGCUUAAGAACUCACUCUGGCAGAUAUACUGUCACAGCAAAGAACAAAACUGGACAGAAACAUAUUAAUGUCAGAGUCAUUGUACUUGAUGUUCCUGGAGCACCUAAGGAUCUCAAAGUUACUGACGUUACAAGAUCUACAAUGCGAAUUAUCUGGAAGCUCCCUGACACGGAUGGUGGAGAAAGGAUUAAGAGCUAUUUCAUUGAAAAGAAGGCUGUUAGUGGAAAGGCCUGGACAACAGUAAAUGCAGCCUGUGCCAAUAUGGCCUUUGUGGUGCCUGACCUUCUUGAGGGUCAGGAAUACCUAUUCCGAGUUCGCGCUGAGAAUCGUCUUGGUAUGGGACCAUUCACUGAGACCACAGAACCAGCAAGAGCAAGAGAUCCGAUUUAUCCUCCUGAUCCUCCAACUAAGGUCAAGAUAAACCUUGUUACCAAGGACACAGUGACACUAACUUGGAUGCCUCCCAAAAAUAAUGGUGGUGCACCAGUAACCCAUUACAUUAUUGAGAGGCUAAGCUGGGACACCAGUGCUCCACAAAAGGAAACAUGGAAACAGUGCAAUAAAAGGGAUGUUGAAGAGACAACCUUUAUUGUUGAAGACCUUAAAGAAGGUGGUGAAUAUGAGUUCCGUGUCAAAGCGGUGAAUGAAGCUGGUCCAAGUAGACCCUCUGUUACAGUUGGACCAAUAAUUAUCAAGGACCAGACAUGUGCUCCAACUAUCGAGCUUAGAGAAUCUUUGGAAAGUGCAGAAACAUUUGAUAUCAACAUACUUGCUAGGAUCCAGGGCUGUCCGUUCCCAUCACUCGUUUGGCAGAAAGCUACAUUGGAUAAGCCUGAUGAAAAGUUUGAUAUACAUUAUGAUCAGCACAUCAAUAAACUUGUCUCUGAUGAUAAAUGCAGUCUGAUAAUUCAACAAUCCAAGAGAGAUGACAGUGGAAUUUAUACACUUACAGCUACUAACAGCCUUGGCAAGGCAUCCAAGGAUAUAAAACUUACUGUUUUAGGACGACCUGGGCCACCAAUUGGACCAGUUAAAAUUGGGGAGGUUUUUGCUGAAAGGAUGGGACUCUCCUGGAUGCCACCCACAGAUGAUGGUGGUUCCAAAAUCACAAACUAUGUCCUUGAGAAACGUGAAGACAACAGGAAAUCAUGGGUGCAUGUAACUAGUGACCCUAAAGAAUGUGCAUAUACAGUCCAGAGACUAACAGAAGGACACGAAUAUGAGUUCCGUAUUAUGGCUCAGAACAAAUAUGGUGUUGGACCACCACUCUAUAGCGAUCCUGAGAAAGCAAGAAAUCUAUUCACUGUCCCUGGUCAAUGUAACAAGCCAACUGUCUCAGAAGUCACUCUUGAAUCCAUGACUGUUGAAUGGGAGGAGCCAGAAUAUGAUGGUGGAUCUCCAGUUACUGGCUAUUGGCUGGAAAAGAAGGAAUCUACAUCAAAACGUUGGACUAAAGUAAACCGUAACCCCAUUAGAAUCAGGCCUCUUAGUGUUUCACAUGUUGUGACUGGUCUUUUGGAAGGAGCUACCUACCAGUUUCGCGUUAUUGCCAUUAAUGCUGCUGGAUGUGGACUUCCAAGUCUACCUUCAGACCCUGUUGUUUCUAGAGAUCCAAUUGCUCCUCCAGGGCCCCCGUUGCCAAAGGUAACCGACUGUACUAAGUCAACUGUAGAUCUUGAAUGGAUUCCUCCACUGAUUGAUGGUGGAUCAAAGAUCACAGGAUACUUUGUUGAAUACAAAGAAGAAGGAAAGGAGGAAUGGGAGAAGGCUAAAGACAAGGAGAUAAGAGGCACUAAGUUUGUUGUUCCUGGACUCAAAGAGCUUGGACUUUACAGAUUCAGAGUAAGAGCAGUGAAUGCUGCAGGAGUUGGUGAACCUGGUGAAGUCACAGAAGUAAUUGAGGUCAAGGACAGAACAAUUCCCCCUGAAGUGGACUUGGAUGCAACUGUAAAGGAGAAGAUCACUGUUCACGCUGGUGGGGUAAUCCGUAUUAUUGCUUAUGUAUCUGGCAAACCUGCCCCUGAAAUUAUUUGGAACAAAGAUGAUGGUAUGAUGCCUAAAGAGGCUGUUGUUGAGACUACUGCUAUCAGCUCUUCUUUGGUAAUUAAAAAUUGCAAAAGAAAUCAACAAGGUAUUUACACCCUAACUGCCAAAAAUGAAGGAGGAGAAAGGACGAAGGCAAUAAUGGUGGAAGUGCUCGAUGUUCCUGGACCUGUUGGUCAGCCUUUCUCUGGCAUAAAUCUGACUAAUGACUCUUGCAAGCUAACAUGGAAUUCACCUGAGGAUGACGGUGGCUCGGCCAUCACGAAUUACAUAAUAGAAAAAAGAGAAGCUGACCGCAGAGGCUGGACAUCAGUAACAUACACUGUGACCAGACAUAAUGCAGUGGUUCAGGGUCUUAUUGAUGGCAAAGCCUACUUCUUUAGAAUUGCUGCUGAAAAUAUAAUUGGAAGGGGCCCAUUUAUUGAGACAGCAUCAGAAGUUCUCAUUAAAGAUCCUAUUUCUGUCCCUGAACGCCCAGAGGAUCUGGAGGUAACAGCUGUCAUGAAGGAUUCAGUUAGCUUAGCAUGGAGACCUCCAAAGUAUGAUGGUGGUGCAGAAGUGACAAGCUAUGUUCUUGAAGUCCGUCAAAUAGGCAAAGACAAUUUUACCCGUGUUGCAACUGACAACAAGCUAAUGGAUCGUAAAUUUGUUCAUGAGGGUCUGAAAGAGGGCUCUUCAUAUGAAUUCCGUGUCAGUGCUGUUAAUCAAAUUGGCCAAGGCAAGCCAUCAUUCUGCACUAAGCCUAUUACAUGCAAGGAUGAGCUUGAGCCACCUACCCUUGAUCUGGAGUUCCAUGACACAGUUAUAAUUCGUGUUGGGAAGCCAUGCACUCUCCAAGGUCGUUAUACAGGGAAACCAACACCAACAGUUAAAUGGUUAAGAAAUGAUGAGGAACUUCAAGCAAAUGAUGAGAUUAUGCUUACCAGCACUAGGAGGACCUUAUGCUUGUCUAUUGAUAAGGCUAAACGUGAUCACAGUGCUAAAUACACUGUAAUCGUAGAGAACUCAACUGGCAUACAGAAGGGCAUUUGCACUGUUAUUGUUGUUGAUCGACCACAGCCUCCAGAAGGCCCUGUUGUCUUUGAAGAAAUCUUUAGGGAUCACAUGGUCAUCUCUUGGAAACCACCACUGGACGAUGGUGGAUGUGCUGUAUCUAAUUACAUUGUUGAAAAAAGAGAUAGCAACAGGGAUCUUUGGAUGCCUGUGACAGAAUCCUGCACUAGAACAACAUGUAAAGUUCCCAAACUAAUUGAGGGCAGAGAGUACAUUAUUAGAAUCUGUGCUCAGAACAUUCAUGGAAUAAGUGACCCAUUGCUGUCUGCUGAGACAAAAGCAAGGGAUGUUUUCAAGGUGCCUGAUGCUCCUAAACAGCCAGUGGUAAAAGAAGUCUACAAAGACACAGCUCUGAUUACCUGGGAACCACCAGCUGAUGGUGGAAAACCAAUCACAAACUACAUUGUUGAGAAGAGAGAAACAAUGUCAAACAGAUGGGUUCCUGCUGGAACUGAACGCAUCUUGCCUACAACAGAAUACUGGGUUCCAGAUCUUCUUAAAGGAUGUGAAUAUGAGUUCCGUGUUAAGGCAGAGAAUGUUAUUGGUGUUGGUGAUCCCAGCCCACCGUCAAAGCCAGUCUUUGCUAAAGAUCCCAUUGUGCCUCCAAGCCCACCAGAAAAACCAAUGGCAAUUGACAAAACAAAGAAUUCUGUAACACUAUCUUGGGAACCACCAAAGGAUUGUGGCAGAGGAAAAAUCUUGGGCUACCUGCUUGAAUACCAAAAAGCUGGAGAGGAAGAAUGGAUACAGGUUAAUCAGACUCCUGAGUCCUGCCCAGAAACAACAUUCAAAAUAGUCAGCCUCAAAGAAGGACUGUUGUACCGGUUUAGAGUGAAGGCAGUGAAUGCAGCUGGGGAAUCGGAUCCUGCAAAUGUUCCUGAGCCUGUUCGAACAGAGGACAGACUUGAGCCUCCAGAGCUUCUGCUGGAUAUGGGCAUGCCUCGUGAGCUUAAAGCCAUGGCAGGAACUCAUAUAAAAAUUGUUGCUGGAAUUAAGGGAAUGCCUUUACCAAAAGUGACAUGGAAGAAAAAUGAUGUAGAUGUUCCUCCAAGAGCAGAAAUUGAGACAUCUGUAGUAAAAUCCAAGCUUGAGAUGCGCUACUGCAACAGAGGGGAUUGUGGAGACUAUACACUUACUGUAGAAAACCCAGCUGGAUCCAAGACAGCAACAUGCACUGUGCUUGUUUUAGACAAACCUGGCCCAGUUCAGAAUCUGAGAGUAUCUGAUGUUAGAAGUGACUCAGCUCAACUCUCCUGGAAAGAUCCAGAAGAUAGUGGUGGGGUACGCAUUACAAACUUUGUGGUGGAGAAGAAGGAUGUUGCUUCUGCACAGUGGGUGCCAGUUUGCGCAACAUCUAAAAAACGAAGUAUUACAGCCAAACAUUUGAUGGAAGGCACUUCAUACAUGUUCCGUGUGGCUGCUGAAAAUCAGUUUGGCAGAAGUGAAUAUGUUGGGACAACUAAACCUGUGAAGGCAAUGAACCCACUGUUUCCACCUGGUCCACCAAGGGACCUGCAUCAUGUAGAUGUUGACAAAACAGAGGUGUGGCUUGUGUGGAACUGGCCUGAUCGCACAGGAGGAAGUGACAUCACAGGCUUCUUGGUUGAAUAUCAGGAGGAGGGUGAAAGAGACUGGAAUGUAUUCAAGACUGUGAGCAUCCCAGAAUGCCAUGUGACAGGGCUUGAGGAGGGAAAGACCUAUAGAUUCCGUGUGAAGGCAGAGAAUGCAGUUGGUCUUAGCAGACCAGACACCACUGUUCCAGUGCUCUGCCAGGAAAAACUUGUGCCACCAAUUGUUGAGGUUGAUGCAAAACUAAUUGAUGGAAUUAUUGUCAAGGCAGGAAGCACUAUCAGACUACCUGCAAUCAUGAGAGGCAUUCCAGUUCCAACUGCAAAAUGGGCCAUUGAUGGUGAAGAAAUUAAAAGUGGAGGAAAUACCAAGAUUGACACAGACAAUUUUUCAACUGUUCUGAGCAUUGCUGAAUGCACAAGAAAUCAUACAGGAAACUAUAUUCUCACAGUAUCUAAUCCUGCAGGAAGUAAGACUCUUUCACUGAAUGUCACAGUACUUGAUGUUCCAGCUGCACCCAUAGGGCCAGUUAACAUUCUUGAAGUAACUCCAGAUUCCAUGGUCAUUGAGUGGCGUCCUCCCAAAGAUGAUGGUGGAAGUCCUGUCAUGAAUUAUAUUGUUGAAAAGAAGGAAUCUAAUAAAGAAACCUGGGGAGGUGUUAGCUCUGGCAGUACAGCAACACGGCUUAAGAUUUCUCGUUUACAGAGUGGUGUUGAAUAUGUUAUAAGAAUUCGUGCAGAAAACAAAAUGGGAAUUGGUGCACCACUUGAAAGUGCACCGACUGUGGCAAAGCACCAGUUUGAGGCCCCUGGCCAUCCUGGAAAACCUGUUGCAUCUGACAUUUCUGAGGAUGCACUUACUCUUGGUUGGACAAUGCCAUUGUAUGAUGGUGGCAGUCCUAUUACUGGUUACAUUAUUGAGCGUAGGCAUAAAGGAGGAAAAUGGAUUCGAGUAAAUAAGAUACCAUGCAAAGACCUCAGAUUUAGAGUGCUUGGACUUUUUGAGGGUAAUGAAUAUGAGUUUAGAGUAUUUGCUGAAAAUAGUGCUGGAUUUAGCGGACCAUCACCUAUCUCAGACCCAGCCAAACCCUGCAGGCCAAUUACAGUUCCUGGACCUCCAGUCAAUCCUAAAGUUAAAGAUUAUAGUUGCACUUAUGCUGACUUAGUCUGGAUAAAGCCUACAAGGGAUGGAGGUAGCCCAAUCCUGGGAUAUGUUGUUGAAUGGCAAAAAGCUGGUGGUGAAUGGGAUAAAGUCAAUACAGAUGAUUUAAUUAAACAAUGUGCAUAUAGAGUCAAGGGACUAAUUGAAGGCACAGAAUACAGGUUCCGUAUUCGAGCUGUCAACAUUAUUGGAGAUGGAGAGACAAGAGAAAUCCCAGAAUCAGUUAUUGCUCAAGAUAUUCUCAUUCCUCCAGAGAUUGAGAUGGAUGUCACAUGUCGUACACAUGUGACUGUGCGUGUAGGACACAAUAUUAAUAUUACUGGGUAUGUGAAGGCAAGACCAGAUCCUAAGGUUAUUUGGACCAGAGGAGAAACCGUUUUGGAAAAAGAUAAACGUACUACUCUCACAAAUAACUUUCCUGUAGUACAUAUGCGAAUCAAGGAAGCAACCAGAAAAGAUCAUGGAAAGUAUGUACUUAAGGCUGUGAAUGAUGUUGGAGAAGCCUCAGCUACCAUCAUUGUAACUGUACUGGACAGACCUGGACCCUGUAGGAAUCUUAAAUUGACAUAUGUGACCAAAAAUUCUUGCAUGGUAAACUGGGAUGCUCCCGAAGACAAUGGAGGGACUGAGAUUACAAACUACAUUGUUGAGUGUCGGGAGCCAAGCAGCACAACUUGGUCAAUGAUCUCUGCUGACUGCACCAACCGCAAAGUAAAAGCGAAACUCCUGGAAAAUCAUGAAUAUUUCUUCCGUGUAUCUGCAGAGAACAAGUGUGGCCCUGGACAAGCAACAGAAACCAAGGUACCUAUACUUGCGAUUGAUCCACUUCAGAAACCUGGUGAACCAGAGAAUUUCCAUGUAGCUGAUAUUGGCAAGAACUAUGUUUUCCUGAGAUGGCGAAGACCAGAUUACGAUGGUGGCAGUCCUAAUUUAGGCUACAUUUUGGAAAAGAAGCCAAAGGAUGCUGAGAAGUGGGAAAGCUUACAUGAUGCCAUAAUCAAAGACACAUUCUUCAUGGCAGACAAAUGUACUGAGAACCAAACAUAUCAAUUUAGAGUCCAGGCAACAAAUGAUGGUGGAAAAAGCAACUGGGUGAAGACAUCUGAUGUUCUUGUUAAAGAAGACAUUCAAAAACCAGUUCUUGACCUCAAAUUUGCUGGUACAAUAGUGGUAAAAGCUGGUGAAUCAGUCAGGCUUGAGGCAGCCCUCAGAGGAAAGCCACAACCUGAGGUAAAAUGGGUGAAGGACAAGGCUACAGAAGAUAACCCAAGAAUCAGCAUUGACACUGGAUCAGAUUAUUCAAAAUUCCUUAUGACUAAAGCCAAGCGAUCUGACACUGGAAAAUAUGUAAUCACUGCCACAAAUUCGGCUGGAAGUUUCACUGCAUAUGCAAGUAUAAGUGUUUUGGACAUACCAGGACCUGUCAGAGAUGUCAGGGUCACUGGUGUAUCCACAGACAAAUGCAAAGUUGUGUGGGAUCCUCCAGAGGAUGAUGGUGGUUGUGAAGUUGAUAGCUAUAUUCUAGAAAAGUGUGAAACUAGAAGAAUGGUUUGGUCUACUUAUUCUGAUAACUUAGUCACUAACUAUUGUAAUGUGACUCGCCUUGUGGAAGGUAAUGAGUACAUAUUUAGGGUCAGAGCUGAAAACAAAAUGGGAACAGGUCCUCCGAUGGAGAGCAAGCCUGUUAUUGCCAAAACACAGUACAGCAGACCUGGGCCACCUGAUCCACCAGAAGUCACCAAAAUUGGCAAGGAUGAGAUGACUGUAAUAUGGGCUCCUCCUGCAAAUGAUGGUGGAAAAUCCAUAACCGGCUACAUUCUAGAAAGAAAGGAGAAACGUGCUGUACGAUGGGUACCAGUUACAAAAAGUCCCAUCUCUGAGAGACGCAUGAAAGUAACCAACUUGAUUCCUAAUCAUGAAUAUCAAUAUCGUGUUAAAGCUGAAAAUGAGGUUGGAUUGGGAGAACCAAGCAAACCCUCGAGACCAACUGCUGCUAAGGAUCCAAUUGAGCCUCCUGGUCCUCCUGGCGGUCUGAAAGUGGUGGACAGUACAAAGACUUCAAUUACACUUGGGUGGUUCAAGCCGGUGUAUGACGGUGGUGCUCCAAUCAUUGGAUAUUUGGUUGAAAUGAGAGAAAAGAUUGAAAUGGAAGGAGAUGAAGAGCGAAAUCCAGAAGAAGGCUGGUUAAAAUGCAAUACUAGUGGGCAGCUUGUUCUCACUGAAUUCACAAUGCUCAAUUUGGAUGAGAGGAAGCAAUAUGAAUUCCGUGUGUUUGCACAAAAUCAAGUUGGAAUUGGUCGCCCAGCAAAACUUAAAGAUGCUGUGACACCAAAAGAGAUUCAUGAAAUGCCAGAGAUUGAUCUUGAUGCCAGCUUGAGAAAGGGACUCAGUGUAAGGGCAGGCUGUCCCAUCAGACUAUUUGCUACAAUCAGAGGAAGACCAUCACCCAAAGUGACCUGGAAACGCAUUGGUAUCGACAAUGUUGUCCGGAGAGGUCAUGUGGACCAAAUUGAUACAAUGACUUUCCUUGUUAUUCCUGAGAGCACACGUGAAGACUCUGGAAGAUACUCGCUGACACUUUCAAAUGCUUCAGGAGAAAAAGCUGUUUUUGUCCGUGUUAAGGUCUUGGAUACUCCUGGACCUGUUGGUGAUCUGGAAGCAACCAAUGUAACAAAGACAUCUUGCCAACUCUCCUGGUCACCUCCAGAAAAUGAUGGUGGCAGUCCUAUCCUCAACUACAUUGUUGAGAAGCGUGAAGUAGAUAGGAAGACAUGGACGAAUUGCACCAAUGACUUAAAGAAAACAAGCUUUAAAAUCACAAACCUAACACCAGGAACCGAAUACUACUUCAGGGUCAUGGCAGUCAACAAAUAUGGUAUUGGGGUGCCAAAAGACUCACCAAAAUCAUAUUUAGCUGUAGAUCCCAUGAGUGAACCAGAUCCACCCAAAAAAAUGGAUGUCUUGGAGAUUUCAAGGAACACUGCAACACUUGGAUGGUUAAAACCAUUGAGAGAUGGGGGAUCUAAGAUUAAUGGAUACAUAGUUGAUUAUCAGGUGGCAGGUCAACCUGAGGACAAAUGGACAUCAUACUCAGUUGUUAAAGACUUAAGCAUUGUUGUUGUUGGUCUAAAAGAAAACACAAAGUACAAAUUCAGGGUUGCUGCAAGAAACGCUAUAGGAUGCAGUUUGCCAAGAGAGGCUGAAGGGAUUUUUGAAGUCAAAGAGCAGCUGAUGCCACCGAAGAUUAUCAUGCCUGAUGUAGUCACAGCAAAGGCAGGAACAAAACUGAAAGUUGAAGCAUUUGUAUCUGGUAAACCUGUUCCAGUCACUACGUGGAAAAGAGGAAGUGAUGAUGUGGUCACUUCUGAUCGUCUUUUUGUGCAAAAAACAAUGUGUUCAUCCAUACUGAUGAUUAAGGAUGCUUCAAGGAAGGACAGCGGUUAUUACAGUCUUAGCGCUGAAAACAACAUUUCUAAGGUCAACCAAAUCCUUAGAAUUAUUAUCAUGGAUAUUCCUGGUCCCCCAGAGGGUCCCCUGGAAAUCCUUGAGAGGGACAUUGAUGCCUGUACGCUUGCAUGGAACUCGCCAACUGAGGAUGGGGGAAGCAACAUUACUAAUUAUAUUGUUGAAAAAUGUGACGUGAGCAGAGGUGACUGGGUCCCUGCUGUAGCCUCCUGUACCAAGACCAGUUGUCGAGUAGUAAAACUUACCCCUGGCAAGGAAUACGGUUUCCGAGUGCGUGCUGAAAAUCGCUUUGGAAUUUCAGAGCCCAUCUACUCUGAAAAAAUAAUUGCCAGAUAUCCAUUUGAUCCACCCAGUGAACCAAGAAACUGCUGUGUCAAUAAAAUCAACAAGGACUUUGUUGUUUUGUCUUGGGAGAUACCAGUGAAUGAUGGUGGUAGUCCUAUUAUAGGAUAUGUGAUUGAACGUAAAGAGAAAAACAGCCUACUAUGGGUCAGGGCAAAUGAGACACUUGUUCGUCCAACUGAAUACUCUUGCUAUGGCCUUAUUGACGGACUAGAAUACAUAUUCAGAGUAUCUGCUGUGAAUAAGGCAGGACAAAGCAAACCAAGCAAACCUACUGACAUCAUUACAGCAAGGACCCCAGUUGACCCACCUGGAAAACCAGAGGUUCUUGACAUAACAAAAAAUUCAGUUUCACUUGUUUGGAACCGCCCAAAACAUGAUGGUGGUAGCAAACUUAUUGGUUAUUUUGUUGAGUCUUUGAAACUUCCUGGUGAUAAGUGGAUACGAAUGAAUGCAAGCAGUCAAAAUGUGCCAAAAGAGGAAUACACUGUCACUGGACUUGAAGAGGGAGCGCAAUACAGGUUCAGAAUUAUUGCAAAGACAGCAAUUAACAUCAGUGACCCUUCAGAAGAGUCUGAUGAAGUUACAGUCAUUGCAGAGCAUGUUCCACCCAGGGUUGAAAUAAGUCUUGAAAUGAAGAACCUUAUCACUGUCAAAGCUGGAGCAAAUGUUUGCCUUUAUGCUGAGGUCUUUGGAAAACCAUUACCAAAAGUUACAUGGAAGAGAGGUGGUGUACAAUUGUCACCUGCUGAUGGCAUUAAGAUGUCUCAGAAGAGACACAUCUUCCUCUUAGAGCUGUUCUCUGUGACAAGAAAGGAGUCUGGAGAGUAUACUAUUGUUGCUGAGAACCCUAGUGGCACUAAGUCUGGCAACAUAAAGCUGAAAGUCCUGGAUAAACCUGGUCCUCCAGCAUCAGUAAAGAUCAGCCAGGUCUUUGCUGAUCGGAUCAAGCUGCAGUGGGAGCCACCACUUUCUGAUGGUGGUGCUGAAAUAACCAACUACAUUGUGGAUAAACGUGAAACAAGCAGAGCUAACUGGGCUCAGGUUACUUCCAACAUUAAUGGCCAGAUUACAAACUGCUCAGUAGAGAAACUGAUUGAGGGUCAUGAAUAUGAGUUCCGUGUCAGUGCUGAAAACAAGUAUGGUGUUGGUGACCCAAUUGUCACUUCCUCUGUGGUUGCUAAAAAUCCAUAUGAUGUCCCUGGACCCUGUGACCCACCUGUUAUUACUAAUAUUACCAAAGACCACAUGACUGUGAGCUGGAAGGUUCCUGCUAAUGAUGGCAAAUCACCAAUCCUUGGAUACAUGGUGGAAAAACGUGAAAUUCAAGAACUCACUUGGUCUAAAAUUAACAGAAAACCUGUAAUUGAUAGAACCAUUAAAGCAGGAGGUCUCACUGAGGGUUCAGAGUAUGAAUUCAGAGUUACUGCUCUUAAUAAGGCCGGUCUUGGCAAGCCAAGUGAUCCAUCUCAAGCUGCUCUUGCAUUGGAUCCACUAUACCCUCCAGGGCCACCUGCUUUCCCCAAGGUUGUCGACUCUACACACAGCUCAGUGAGUCUAUCCUGGACCAAGCCUGCCUAUGAUGGAGGAUGUGAAAUUUUGGGCUACCUGGUUGAGGUCAAAAGGGCAGAUUCAGAGGAAUGGUUAAAGUGCAAUAUGCCAAAAAAUCUUCAGAACACAAAGUUCCUUGUCAGUGGGCUCCUUGACAAAACAGAGUAUCAAUUCCGUGUGACUGCAGUAAAUAAGAUUGGAUUUAGUGAACCAAGUGAAGUUCCUGGGAAACAUAUGGCACAAGACAUUUUAAUUGCUCCUGAGGCAGACCUUGAUGCAGACCUUAGAAAGGCUCUUGUACUACGUGCUGGAGUCACCUUGAGACUCUAUGUGCCAAUUAGAGGCCGACCUGCACCAAAGGUGACCUGGAGCAAGGUCAAUGCCAAUCUGAAGGAGAGGCAAGGUCUUAUGAUCAACACAACUGAAUGGGAUACUUUUGUAUACUGUGAAAAUAUUGACAGAUAUGAUGCUGGAAAAUAUGUUUUAACACUUGAAAACAGCAGUGGAUCCAAAUCCUAUACCAUCGUUCUCAAAGUCUUAGAUACACCUGGACCACCACUUAACCUGCUUGUAAAAGAAACAUCAAGAAAUCAUGCAUGGAUCACUUGGCAUCCUCCAUUAAUUGAUGGUGGAAGUCCAGUGAAAAGCUAUGUUGUGGAAAAACGUCUGGCAGAACGAAAAGCAUGGACCUGUGUGGCCCCUGAGUGCUCCAAAACAUCUUUCAGAAUUACUAACCUUGAAGCUGGAAAAGCUUACUGUUUCAGAGUAUCAGCUGAAAAUGUAUAUGGCAUUGGUGAAGGCUGUGAGACACCUGGACCAGUUAAAGCCUCAGAACAACCGGGACCAGUUACAGACUUCAAACCUUCACUGGUCACCAAGAAUGCUUGCACUCUUGUUUGGAAGAAGCCCAUCAGUGAUGGUGGAAGCCAUAUUGUUGCAUAUGCACUAGAAAUCAGCGAAGGUGAAGACAAAUGGAAACAGCUUAUGAAGGCCAAACACCUUCAGUACACAGUACCUGACUUACAAGAAGGAAAAGAAUACGCUUUUAGAGUUAAGGCUUUCAAUGAGUCUGCUGAAGGACCCACCACUGAACUGACUCUGGUGGCUAAGGAUCAAAUUGUUCCACCAGACUGUGACCUUAAGGGCUUGCCAGACUCUUGCCAUGUGGCAAAGGAGGGAACCACGGUCCGCCUCACUAUCCCAAUUUCUGGCAUUCCUGCUCCAACAGUCAUGUGGAAGAAGGGUGAUGUUGCUUUGGGUGAUAGUGGAAGAGUCUCUUUCGAUGCCACCGCAGCAAACACAACCUUGCUGAUCCGUGACUGUCAAAGAACUGAUGCUAAGAAGUACUGCCUCUUUUUGAAAAACAGUGCAGGAACCAAGGAGUGCAACAUAGACAUCAAGGUAGUUGGAAAACCUGGCAUUUGCACAGCGCCUAUCAAAUUUGAUGAAAUUACAGCUGAUGGAAUAACUUUGGAAUGGGAACCACCCAAGGAUGACGGUGGAUCAGAAAUUUCCAACUACAUCGUAGAGAAGAGGCAUUCCACAAGUAACAAGUGGGUCACUGUUGCUUCAGCCAUUCAGAAAAACACCAUGAGAGUCACUAGACUCCAUGAUGGAGCAGAGUACCUAUUCAGAGUAUGUGCCGAAAAUAAAUAUGGUGUUGGAGACUUCCUGAGAUCCGAUCCAGUGGUGGCUAAGCAUCCAUUCAAUGCACCAGAGGCUCCAAAUCCACCACAAGUCUUGGCUAUACGCCAUGAGUCUGCUAUUGUGUCAUGGUCAGAUCCAAAGGAUACUGGAGGCUCUCCUAUUACAGGAUACCAUGUGGAAUUCAAAGACAGGAACAGUUUAUUAUGGAAGAGAGCCAGCAAGACACCUCUAAGGGUGAAGGAGUGUAGAGUGACUGGUUUAGUUGAGGGUCUAGAGUAUGAAUUUAGAGUUAUGGCUAUAAAUGUGGCCGGGCUAGGAAAACCAAGCAAACCAACAGAAGCCUUCGUUGCUCUUGAUCCAAUUGAUCCUCCUGGCAAACCUGAUGUAAUAAGCAUUACAAGGAAUAGUGUGACACUCAUUUGGACUGCGCCUAAAUACGAUGGAGGUCACAGACUGACUGGCUAUAUCGUUGAAAAACUAGAGCAUCCAGGAAAGGUCUGGACAAAGGCCAACCAUGUCAAUAUCCAGAGUUGUGCUUUCACUGUCACAGAUUUGCAAGAAGGCUGCAUGUAUGAUUUUAGAAUCAGGGCAAAGAAUGCAGCUGGUGCCAUUAGUGCUCCCUCAGAGCAAACUGACACCCUUGUCUGCAAAGAUGAAUAUGAGCCACCAACUAUUACAAUUGACCCUGAAAUGAAGGACGGUGUCACUGUCAGGGCUGGAGAAACAAUUGUGAUUUCUGCAUCAAGUAUCCUUGGCAAACCGCCACCUACAGCGGUGUGGUCUAAGGACGGAAGAGAAUUCAAGCAAUCAGAUGUUGUCCAGAUAACCAGCACUCCCACAACUUCAACUUUAUCAAUUAAAUAUGCCAGCAUAAAGAACACUGGAGAGUAUACAAUUACUGCCAGCAACCCAUUUGGUAUAAAGGAAGAAAAAGUAAAAGUAAAAGUCCUAGAUGUCCCUGGUCCACCUGGUCCUAUUGAGGCCAGCAGUGUUUCUGCUGAAAAAUGCACACUGACAUGGUUACCACCAGAAGAGGAUGGAGGCAGUGCUAUUAAAUCAUAUAUCCUUGAAAAGAGAGAAACCAGCCGCCUACUUUGGACAAACCUUGCUGAAAAUAUAAUGGAUUGCCGCUUUGUGGCCUGCAAGUUGAUUAAAGGCAAUGAAUAUAUCUUCCGUGUUUCAGCAGUCAAUCAAUAUGGCACAGGUGAUGCUACCCAGUCUGGUCCAGUCAAAAUGGUUGACAGCUAUGGACCCCCUGGACCACCAUCAAAACCAGAAAUUGAUACUGUCAGCAGAACCGCUGUAACUAUCUCCUGGAAAAGACCAGUUGUGGAUGGUGGAUGUGAUAUUAAAGGGUAUAGUGUUGAGAGAAAGGAGAGGAGAGGUAUGACAUGGGUUAGAGCUUCAAAGAAGUCCAUCUCUGAUCUACGUUACAAAGUGUCAGGCCUUCUGGAAGGAGUUGAGUACGAGUUCCGUGUAACCGCUGAGAACAAAGCUGGGUUUGGAAAACCCAGUGAGCCAUCUCAACCAGUGCUGACAAAGGACAUUACAUAUCCACCUGGACCUCCAUCCAACCCAAGAAUAACUGACACCACCAAAACAACAGCAACAUUUAACUGGGGAAGACCUUUUUAUGAUGGUGGCCUUGAUGUAACAGGAUACAUUGUUGAACACAAAAAGGAAGGAGAAGAUGACUGGAUUCAGGACACAACUACUCCCUUGAGAAUUACUGAGUUUGUUGUUGCAAACCUACAACCAGGAGGCAAAUAUAAUUUCAGAGUCAGUGCAAUUAAUUCAGAAGGAUGUGGGGAACCUGCUGAAGUAGAGAAAAUUGUAGAACUUAUUGACCGUGAAGAGAUUCCUGAUUUUGAACUUGAUGCAGAACUAAGAAAGACACUUGUUGUUCGAGCAGGCGCCUCCAUCCGCAUAUUUGUAUCAAUUAAGGGCCGUCCAACUCCUGAAGUUACAUGGAUAAAAGAUAAUGUAGCACUUAAGAGUAGAGCGCACAUUGACACUACAGAAUCAUACACUUUAGUGGUAAUACCUGAGUGUACAAGAUAUGAUGCUGGAAAAUACAUUUUGACUUUAGAAAAUGUUGCUGGAAAGAAGACAGGAUUUGUCAAUGUCCGGGUUGUGGACACACCUGGGCCUCCAGUUAAUUUGAAACCAAGGGAAAUCACCAAAAACAGCAUCACACUUCAAUGGGAAAUUCCAAUUAUUGAUGGGGGAUCAAAGAUCAUAAAUUACAUAAUUGAGAAACGUGAUGCAACUAGAAAGGCCUUCACAACAGUCACUACAAAUUGGCAGAAAUGUUCGUACAAGGUUCAAGAUUUGGAAGAGGGAGCUGAAUAUUACUUCAGAGUUUCAGCUGAAAAUGAACAAGGUAUUGGGGAGGCAGCAGAGACACCUGAACCCAUCAGAGCUUCUCAGGCUCCAUCUUCACCAGACAAUUUAGUAGUUACAGAUGUGACAAGGGAUACAGCAACUCUUGCAUGGACAAAACCAACUUUUGAUGGUGGUAGCAGAAUUACUGGCUAUGUAAUUGAGGCACAGAAGAAGGGUUAUGAUCAGUGGUUACAUCUCACAACAAUAAAGGCUUUGGACUAUACUGUAACAGACUUAACAGAAAAUGCAGAAUAUGUGUUCCGUAUCUUUGCUGUGAACAGCUCAGGAAGAAGUGACCCUCGUGAAAGCCGGCCAGUUGAAAUCAAGGAGCAGACUACUGCACCAGGAUUUGACCUCAGAUCUGUCUAUCAGAAGUUGGUAGUAGCCAAAGCAGGUGAUAAUGUAAAGGUUGAAAUCCCUGUUUUUGGUCGUCCAAGGCCAUCUGUUGUUUGGAAAAAAGAAGAUCAUGAACUUAGACAAACGCAAAGGAUCAAUACUGACAACACAGCAACCUCAACAAUUCUUAACAUACGAGAGAUCAAGAGAAAAGAUGCAGGACAAUAUUCCAUGACAGGAAAGAAUACACUGGGAACAGUGACAGAAACCAUUACUGUACAAGUACAUGAUAUCCCAGGACCUCCAACUGGACCAUUAAAAGUGGAUAAAGUGUCCUGUGACUAUGUAAUUAUAUCAUGGGAUGCCCCAGAAAUUGAUGGAGGGGUUCCUAUUAACAAUUAUAUAGUUGAGAUGAGAGAAACAACUGGCACAUCUUGGGUUGAGUUAGCAGCUACUGUCAUCCGCACAACAUUCAAGGCUGCUCGUCUAACAACAGGAACUGAAUAUCAGUUCCGUGUAAAAGCUCAGAACAGAUAUGGUGUUGGUCCUUACAUUACAUCAGAACCUGUUGUUGCUGCUUACCCAUUUGAGGUACCAGGCCAGCCAGGUAUUCCACAGAUCGUUGCCUUCACAAAAGAUUCUAUUACAAUUAGUUGGAAUGAACCUCCCUCAGAUGGGGGAAGCCCAAUUUUGGGAUAUCAUAUCGAGAGGAAAGAGAAAAACAGCAUCCUCUGGCAGCGUGUCAGCAAAGCUCUUGUAGUUGGGAACAUUUUUAAGUCCUCUGGUCUAAUGGAUAGUAUUGCCUAUGAAUUCCGUGUUAUUGCUGAAAACAUGGCUGGCCUUAGUAAACCAAGCAAGGCGUCUGACAUGAUUUUCGCACUUGAUCCAGUGGACCCUCCCAGUCAACCAAUGGCACUAAAUAUAACAAGACAUGAGGUUACCAUUCAAUGGACAAAGCCACAGAAUGAUGGUGGUUUCCCAAUCACUGGGUACACUGUGGAAAAGAGAGAAUUACCAAAUGGUCGCUGGCUCAAAGCAAACUUUAGCAAUAUCCUUGGGACAAGCUUCACUGUAAGUGGACUGACAGAAAAUUCUUCAUAUGAAUUCCGUGUCUUUGCAAGAAAUUCAGCUGGAUCAGUCAGCAAACCCUCAAAACCCUCAGAAGUCAUAACCUGUAGAGAUGAUAUUGAGGAGCCAAAGCUUGAUGUUGAUGCAAGCUUUAGCAGUGUUGUGGUAGUUAAGGCAGGCGAUGUCUUCAAGCUAGAUGCAAGUGUUGUUGGCAGACCAAUACCAUCUUUGGUAUGGACAAAAGAUGGGAAAGAACUUGAAGACACUGCAAAACUAGAGAUCAAGACAGCAGAUUUCUAUACAUGUUUAAUCAACAAAGAUUCAUCACGACGAGAUGGUGGUGCAUUCACUCUAACUGCCAGCAACCCUGGAGGAUUUGCCAAGUUUGUUUUUAAUGUUAAGGUCCUCGACAGGCCUGGACCUCCUGAAGGACCACUUCAUGUUACAGACAUGACAACAGAAAAAUGUAUUCUGUCUUGGCUACCACCACUUGAAGAUGGAGGAGCAAAGAUUGAAUAUUAUAUAAUUCAGAGACGUGAAACAAGCAGACUUGCAUGGACAAAUGUAGCCACCGAUUUGCAAGUAAACCGUUAUAAAGUUACCAAAUUGCUAAAAGGUAAUGAAUAUGUCUUUAGGGUUAUGGCUGUGAAUAAAUAUGGAGUUGGUGAGCCCCUUGAAUCAGAACCUGCCGCUGCCAUCAACCCAUAUGUGCCUUCCGAUCCACCACAAGCUCCUGAGGUAACAACAAUUACAAAGGAUUCUAUGGUGGUUUGUUGGGGACAUCCUGAAAACAAUGGAGGAAGUGAAAUAAAUACUUACAUUAUUGAAAGAAGGGAUAAAACUGGCCUCAGAUGGGUCAAAUGCAAUAAGAGGUCAGUAACUGAUUUGCGCUUUAAAGUAUCUGGACUUACACCAGAGCAUGAAUAUGAAUUCAGGAUCCUUGCUGAAAAUGCUGCGGGUUUAAGUGCUCCAAGCCCUUCAAGUCCAUUUUAUAAAGCAUGUGACACAAUAUUCAAGCCUGGCCCUCCAGGGAAUCCAAGGAUUUUGGAUACAACAAAGUCAUCCAUUACUGUUGCUUGGAACAAACCAGUUUAUGACGGUGGUUCAGACAUUACAGGAUAUAUUGUAGAAACCUGCCUACCAGAAGAAGAUGAAUGGACAGUUGUCACUCCAAAGGAGGGUCUUGUAGGGACAUCAUUUACUGUAAUUAAUUUAAUAGAAAACCAAGAAUAUAAGAUUAACAUUUCUGCCCUGAACUGUGAGGGAGUUGGAGAACCAGCAUCAGUACCUGGUUCACCAAAAGCAGAAAACAGAUAUAUUCCACCUGAAAUUGAGCUUGAUUCUGAUCUUCGAAAAGUGGUGAACAUUAGAGCUUGCUGCACACUAAGACUAUUUGUACCAAUUAAAGGAAGACCUGCACCAGAAGCUAGAUGGUCAAGAGAGAAUGGUGAACCUCUUAAUAAAGCAUCUAUUGAGACCACAACUUCAUUCACAUCUCUUGUUAUUGAAAAUAUUAACAGGUUUGACAGUGGAAAAUAUUUGCUAACAGUGGAAAACAGCUCCGGGAGUAAAACAGCAUUUGUGAAUGUCAGGGUGCUUGACACUCCAGGGGCACCUCAAAAUCUUGCAAUUAAGGAAAUCACAAAAGAUUCUGUCUCACUUAUCUGGGAUCCUCCCAUUAUUGAUGGUGGAUCAAGAGUCAGGCAUUACCUUGUAGAAAAACGUGAAUCCACAAGAAAAGCAUAUUCAGUUGUUAAUGCUUCCUGCCCCAAAACAAGCUUGAGAAUUGGUGAUCUGAAGGAGGGGAGUUUGUAUUUCUUCAGAAUCCUGGCUGAAAAUGAAUAUGGUGUUGGCCUUCCAGUGGAAACUACUGAAGCAGUCAAAAUUUCUGAAAAACCUUUACCUCCUGGCAAGGUGACUCUUAAAGAGGUAACAGGCAGCAGUGUCACUCUGUCCUGGGAGAAGCCAGAUCAUGAUGGAGGAAGUAGGAUCACAGGAUAUGUUGUGGAGAUGCAGGGAAAGGGCAGUGACAAAUGGACUCAGGUCAUGACUGUUAAGGUCGCUGAGGCAGUUAUUGUUGGCCUGACUCAAGGUGAAGAGUAUUCAUUCCGUAUUUCGGCCACAAAUGAAAAAGGAACAAGUGAUCCCCGUCUACUCGGCGUGCCUGUUGUGGCAAAGGAUCUUGUCAUUACACCUGCUUUCAAGCUUUUAUUUACUACAUUCAGUGUGCUGGCAGGUGAUGACCUCAAGAUAGAUGUACCUUAUGUUGCUCAGCCCAAGGCAGCAGUUAGCUGGUUUAAAGAUGGCACUGUUCUCAAAGAGACAACACGUGUAAACACUGAAGUUACGGACAGUCAUCUGUACCUUGUAAUCAAGGAAGCAACACGUGAUGAUGUGGGUAAAUACACUAUCAAGAUUACAAACUCAGCUGGAGAAGCUACAGCUGACAUUACUUGUGUUGUGCUUGAUAAACCCGGUCCUCCAACUGGACCUAUCCAAAUAGAUGAUGUAACUGCAGACACUGUGACAUUGACUUGGCAACCACCAGAGUAUGAAGGUGGUUGUACAAUUAAUAAUUACAUUGUGGAAAAGAGAGACACAUCCACUACAAACUGGCAGAUUGUAUCAGCCACAGUUGCUAGAACAACAACCAAAGCUGCAAGACUGAAAACUGGCUGUGAGUAUCAAUUCAGGAUUGCUGCUGAAAACAGAUAUGGUAAGAGCUCAUUUCUACUAUCUGAGCCUGUAAUCGCACAAUAUCCAUUUGAAGUGCCAAGUGCACCAGGAACUCCCACUGUUCAGUCAGCUACCAAAGAAACUAUGAUAGUUGUUUGGAACAAGCCUAGCAGUGAUGGUGGAAGCAAGAUUAUUGGCUAUCAUCUCGAGAGUAAAGAAAAAAAUAGCCUCCUGUGGGUGAAACAAAAUAAAACCAUUAUUCCAGACACAAGAUUCAAGGUUAGUGGUCUUGAGGAAGGCAUUGAAUAUGAGUUCAGAGUAUAUGCUGAGAAUAUUGUUGGACUGAGCAAAGUCAGCAAAGUGUCAGGAAUUCAGGUAGCAAGAGAUCCCUGUGACCCUCCAGGCAAACCAGAAGCAGUAAUUGUCACUAGAAGUGCAGUAACUUUACGAUGGAAAUCACCAGAGUUUGAUGGUGGCACCCGAAUAACUGGCUAUGUAGUUGAGAAGAAAGAACUGCCUAAUGGUCGCUGGAUGAAGGCUAGUUUCACUAAUAUCAUAGACACUGAAUUUGUUGUCAGUGGUUUGGUGGAAGAACAACAAUAUGAAUUCCGUGUCAUUGCAAAAAAUGCAGCCGGUGUACAUAGUGUACCAUCUGACAGUACUGGUGCAAUAACUGCAAAAGAUGAAGUAGAGCCACCUAUAAUUGAUUUGGAUGCUAAAUAUUCUCAAACUAUUAUUGUUAGUGCUGGAGAAUCAUUUAAGAUUGAUGCCAAAAUACUUGGCAAGCCUAUACCAUCAGUCCACUGGAUUAAAAAGGGUGAGGAACUUUCUAAUACUGCUAGACUUGAGAUUAAAAACACAGACUUCACAGCCUCUGUAAGUGUAAAAGAAGCUAUUCGUGUUGAUGGAGGCCAGUACACACUAUUAUUAAAGAAUGUUGGUGGUGAGAAAUAUGUAAACAUCAAUGUCAAAGUUUUAGACAGGCCUGGACCACCAGAUGGACCUAUUUCUAUAUAUGGAGUUACAAGUGAAAAAUGCUGCAUAGCAUGGAAAACACCUGUAGAUGAUGGAGGUGCUGAAGUAUCUCAUUAUAUUGUUGAAAGGAGGGAGACCAGUAGAUUAGUUUGGACCGUUGUGGAAUCCAAGGUGCAGACCCUAAAUCUGAAGAUUACCAAACUACUUCCUGGAAAUGAGUACAUUUUCAGAGUGAUCCCUGUCAACAAAUAUGGAAUUGGGGAACCUCUGGAAUCAGAUCCAGUCAUUGCCAAAAAUGCAUUUGUCACACCUGAUCCACCAAGUGGGGUGGAGAUAUCCAACAUAACAAAGGACUCCAUGGUCGUCACUUGGGAAAGACCUAGUAAUGAUGGAGGUAAUGCAAUUACAGGCUAUGUAGUUGAAAAGAGGGACAAAGAAGGUGUCAGAUGGACAAGGUGCAAUAAGCGUCUAGUUAGUGAACUUCGCUUUAGAGUGACAGGUCUUCUUGAAAACCACAGUUAUGAAUUCCAGGUCUCUGCUGAGAAUGCAGCUGGAAUUGGUAAACCGAGUGUCCCUACUAUAUAUUAUAAGGCUUUGGAUCCGGUCUUCAGGCCAGGUCCCCCAAACAAUCCUCGGGUUAUUGACAUCUCUAGGUCAUCUGUUGUACUACAUUGGAGCAAACCUAUUUAUGAUGGUGGCUGUGAAAUUCAAGGUUAUAUUGUUGAAGUCUGCGAAGGCAUAUCUGAUGAGUGGACAAUAUGCACGCCUCCGACAGGGAUCGCAGAAACAAGAUUUGAAGUUAAAAAACUGCUGGAAAAACAUGAAUACAAAUUCAGAAUUUGUGCAAUAAAUAAGGUUGGCGUUGGAGAACAUGCAGAUGUCAAAGAAGCCAUUUUAACAGAAGACAAACUGGAGGCACCAGAUAUUGAUCUUGACGCUGACCUAAGAAAAAUGAUCACUGUGAGAGCUGGGGGUGCCCUUAGACUGUUUGUUCCAAUCAGAGGCCGGCCAGCUCCUGAGGUCAAAUGGGGAAAAGCUGAAGGGGAAAUUAAUGAAACAGCACAGAUUGACAUUACAAGCAGUUAUACUUCCCUUGUAAUUGAGAACAUAAACAGAUUUGACAGUGGAAAAUACACUCUGACUUUGGAAAAUGCAAGUGGAACAAAAUCUGCAUUCAUUAGUGUCAGAGUACUUGAUACCCCUGAUGCACCUGCAAACUUCCAUGUGAAGGAAAUAACAAAGAAUUCAGUUACCCUCACAUGGGAACCACCUUUGCUGGAUGGUGGAGCCAAAAUAAAAAAUUAUAUUGUUGAAAAGCGUGAGAGUACAAGAAAAGCAUACUCUACUGUUGCUUCCUGCAACAAAAUGACAUAUAAAAUCGAGCAGCUCCAAGAAGGCAGUAAUUAUUUUUUCAGAGUUCUUGCUGAAAAUGAACAUGGAAUUGGAUUACCUGCUGAAACAUUAGAACCACUAAAAAUUUCAGAAGUGCCACAACCUCCUGGAAAAAUAUCUGUAGUAGAUGUUACACGCAAGAGUAUCUCUCUGUCAUGGGAAAAACCAGAACAUGAUGGGGGUAGUAGGAUCACUUGCUAUGAAGUUGAGAUGCAAGAAAAAGACAGUGAAAAGUGGUCUCUUUGUGCACAGGUUAAAUCACUUGACACAGUUAUUACCAAUUUAGUUCAGGGCUCAGAGUAUAAUUUUAGGGUAAUUGCAGUAAAUGACAAAGGUAAGAGUGAUGCUAGACAUCUAGCGCACCCUGUUCUUGCAAAAGAUCUUGUAGUUGAACCAUCUGUAAGAACGAAACUUAGCACGUACAGUGUCCAAGUUGGCCAUGACUUGAAAAUUGAAGCCCGUAUCGCUGGUCAUCCAAAGCCAACCAUUACAUGGACUAAAGAUGGUACAGAGCUGAAACAGACCACAAGAGUUAAUGUUGCAGACACUGCCCACCAUACAACAUUAUCGAUUAAAGAUGCAACAAGAGAUGAUGGUGGUAUGUACAGCAUUACUGUUGCUAAUGUACUAGGACAAAAGGAGGCUACUGUUGAAAUCAUUAUACUUGACAAACCUGGUCCACCAACAGGGCCAGUAAGGAUAGAUGAAAUAAGUGCAGAAAGUAUUACACUGUCAUGGGAUCCUCCAACAUACACAGGAGGAUGCCAAAUUUCAAAUUACAUUGUACAGAAGAGAGAUACUACGACAACAAACUGGGCAGUGGUCUCAGCUACAGUAGCAAGAACUACACUCAAAGUUGGAAAUCUGAAAACUGGGGCUGAGUACCAGUUCAGAAUCUUUGCUGAAAAUAGAUAUGGGAAAAGCUAUGCUAUUGAUUCACAGCCAGUUGUUGCUCAGUAUCCUUUCAAAGAGCCAGGACCCCCUGGAACACCAUAUGUGUCUGCCUUUACAAAAGAAUCUAUGGUUGUUGAAUGGCACAAACCUGUUUCAGAUGGUGGCAGUGCCAUUCUUGGAUAUCAUCUUGAAAGAAAAGAAAAGAAUAGUAUUCUCUGGACAAAAAUUAAUAAAAUGCUUAUUCAAGACACCCGAUUUAAAACAUCUACUUUGGAGGAAGGCAUAGAAUAUGAAUUUAGAGUUACUGCUGAAAAUAUUGUUGGAAUUGGUAAAUACAGCAAAGUUUCUGAAGGUUGUGUGGCCCGUGAUCCAUGUGAUCCUCCUGGCACACCUGUGCCAGUAAUUGUGACAAGACACUCAGUGAUGCUAAGAUGGACACCACCAGAAUAUGAUGGAGGCAGUAUGGUCACUGGAUAUGUUGUGGAGAAACGAGACCUCCCAGAUGGCCGAUGGAUGAAAGCAAGCUUUACAAACAUCCUUGAAACGGAAUUUGUAGUGACAGGUCUGACAGAAGACUCAAAAUAUGACUUCAGGGUCAUUGCAAGAAAUGGUGCUGGAUCAGUCAGCAAGCCCUCUGGAUGCACAGGGCCAAUCACAGCUAAAGAUGAGGUUGAGCCACCCACCUACGAGAUUGACUCUAAAUACAGCCAAGUGAUGACUGUAAAUGCUGGAGAUACAUUUGUACUGCAAGCAUCUGUAUUUGGAAAGCCAGUUCCCACAAUGCAGUGGUUUAAAGGUGAUGUGGAGAUUGAAAAUUUGGCAAGAGCUGAGACCAAGAACACAGACUUUAAAGCAGUCCUUGUUGUCAAAGAUGCUAUUAGAGUCGAUGGAGGACAGUACACUUUGCAGCUUACCAAUGUUGGGGGAACUAAAUCUGUGCCCUUUAAUGUAAGAGUGCUUGAUAGACCUGGGCCACCAGCAGGACCUUUGAAAGUUUCAAAUGUAACAAGUGAGAAGUGCUCCUUGUCAUGGCUUCCUCCCAUGCACGAUGGUGGUAGCAGUAUUUCUCAUUACAUAAUUGAAAAAAGAGAAACUAGCCGUCUUACUUGGACUGUAGUGUCAAGUGACUGUGGAGCAACCAUGUUCAAGGUCACCAAGCUUCUAGAAGGAAAUGAAUACAUCUUCCGUGUCAUGGCUGUUAACAAAUAUGGUGUUGGUGAACCUUUAGAAUCUGUACCAGUAAUAAUGAGAAAUCCAUUUGUUCAUCCUGGACCACCAAGAGAACUAAAAAUAACAAAUAUCUCAAGAGAUUCUAUGACUGUGUGCUGGACCCGCCCAGAGACUGAUGGUGGAAGUGAGAUUGUUGGCUACAUUGUUGAAAAAAGAGACAGAGCUGGAGUUAGAUGGACGAAAUGUAACAAACGUAGAAUUACAGACCUUCGCUUUAGAGUUACAGGACUCACAGAAGACCACGAAUAUGAAUUCAGGUUAUCUGCAGAAAAUGCUGCAGGAGUCGGUCAACCAAGUCCACCAACAAUAUUUUACAAAGCAUGUGACCCAACAUUUAAACCUGCUCCACCAACUAAUGCACACCUUUCUGACACCACAAAGGACACUGUGACUAUUGAAUGGAAUAGACCAAUCUAUGAUGGUGGCUUAGAUAUCCAGGGCUACAUUGUAGAGAUCUGCAAAGCUGAUGAAGAGGAAUGGAUAACAUGUACUUCACCUACUGGUUUUAAUGAUACUAAAUUCACAAUUACCAAACUCAUAGAACAUCAAGAAUAUAAGGUUCGAGUAUGUGCUCUUAAUAAACUAGGUGUUGGUGAGCCAGUCACAAUUUCUGGUACAGUAAAGCCUGUUGAUAAAUUGGAACCUCCUGAAAUUGAACUUGAUUCUGAGUUAAGAAAGGGCAUUGUUGUCCGUGCUGGAGGAAGCAUGAGAAUUAACAUUCCCUUCAAAGGCCGUCCAAUUCCAGAGAUAAACUGGACUAAGGAUGAUGGUGAUCUACCAAGUAAAGCUCAAAUUGAAAAGGGUAUAAAUUAUACUCAGCUCUCAAUCGAUAUAUGUGAUAGAAAUGAUGCAGGAAAAUAUAUUCUUACGCUAGAGAGCAGCAGUGGUACCAAGACAGCUUUUGUUUCAGUAAAAGUACUGGAUACACCAGGUGCUCCACUCAACCUAACUGUUAAAGAUAUUACAAGAAAUUAUGUAACUCUUGUUUGGGAGCCUCCACUUAUCGAUGGUGGGGCAAAGAUAAAGAAUUAUAUUGUGGACAAACGUGAAUCAACUAGACCUGCCUUCUCCAAUAUUACUACAAAAUGCACCAAGACUAGCUUACGUGUUGGUGAUCUCAACGAAGGUGGCAUUUAUUACUUCAGAGUCAUGGCUGAGAACGAGUUUGGAGUUGGUCUACCUGUAGAAACAGAAGAAUCUGUAAAGACAGCAGAUCCCCCUCUACCUGUGGGAAAGGUCACAUUGACUGGUGUGACUAAAACUUCCGCAACACUGUUAUGGGAAAAGCCAGACCAUGAUGGUGGUAGUAGGAUUUUAGGAUAUUAUAUUGAAAUGCAGCCAAAGGGAUUAGAAGACUGGGUAGUAGCAACUACUACCAAAACCUGUGAGGGAACAGUCACAGGGCUGAGUGCUGGCCGAGAAUACCUCUUCAGAGUGCUGGCCUACAAUGAUAAAGGACAGAGCGAUCCAAGGCCACUAGCAGCACCGGUCAUAGCUAAUGAUAUAACAGUUGCACCAGCCCUCAAACUGAGAUUCAACACAUACAGUGUACAAUAUGGUGGAGAACUUAAAGUAGAAAUUCCUGUAAAAGGUUGCCCAACACCAAAGAUCACUUGGACUAAAGAUGGCCACUCAUUAAAAGAGACAACUAGACUAAACGUCUCUAGCACAGCAUCAUCAACAGUUCUUAGCAUCAAAGAUGCCAAUAGAGAGGAUUCUGGGAAAUAUAUAGUAACAGCUACAAACAGUAUAGGAUCUGUGUCAGAGGAAAUUGGCAUAAUUAUCUUAGACAAGCCUGGUCCACCUGUUGGCCCUGUUAAAAUUGAUGAAAUUAGUGCCAACUAUGUAAUAAUUUCAUGGGAACCACCCGUGUACACUGGUGGCUGUCAGAUAAACAAUUAUAUUGUGGAGAAACGAGACACAACUACCACAACAUGGAAUACUGUAUCAGCAACCAUUGCACGUACAACAAUCAAAAUCUCUAAUCUGAAAACUGGCUCAGAAUAUCAGUUUAGAGUGUUUGCUGAAAACAGAUAUGGGAAAAGUUCACCUAUAGACUCACUACCUGUUGUUGUUAGCUAUCCUUUUAGUGAACCCGCAGCACCUGGUACACCAUUUGUAUCCUCAGUGACUAAAGAUCACAUGACAGUUGAAUGGAAGCCACCUAGUAAUAAUGGAGGUAGCCCUAUUCUUGGGUAUCAUGUUGAGCGCAAAGAAAAGAACAGCAUUCUCUGGACAAAACUUAACAAGCUUCUUGUUACUGAUACUAGAUUUAAAACUAAUGGUAUUGAGGAGGGCAUUGAGUAUGAAUAUAGAGUAUUUGCUGAGAAUAUUGCAGGAAUAAGUCCAUCUAGCAAAACUUCUGAAAGUGUUGUGGCACGUGAUCCAUGUGAUCCACCUGGAACUCCAGAAGCUAUUGUUAUCACUAGAAACCUUGUCACAAUUCAGUGGACGAAGCCCCAAUACGAUGGAGGCAGUGUAGUCACAGGUUACAUCGUUGAAAGGAAGAAGCUACCUGAUGGUCGUUGGAUGAAGGCUAGCUUUACAAAUAUAACUGACACUCAAUUUACAAUCACAGAAUUAACAGAAGGAGACCGUUACGAAUUCAGAGUAAUUGCGAGAAAUUCAGCUGGUAUUGUAAGUGAGCCUUCUGAAAGCACUGGACCAAUUACUGCACAGGAUGAGAUUGAAGCACCUUCAGUUUCCAUGGACUCAAAAUUCAAGGAUGUCAUUAUUGUGAAUGCUGGUGAGACAUUUACUAUUAAUGCUGAUAUUGCAGGCAAACCACUCCCAGAUAUAAGGUGGCUAAAAGAUGGAAAAGAAAUUGACAGUGCUACUCCAAGGAUGGAAAUUAAAUCCACUAUUACUCAUACUGUUUUAACUGUAAAAGAUUGCAUAAGAGUAGAUGGUGGACAUUUUGUUUUAAGUCUCAGCAAUGUGGGUGGAACAAAACAAGUCCCUGUAAAUGUCAAGGUUCUGGAUAGACCUGGACCACCAGAUGGCCCCCUGAAAGUUACAGGUGUCAAAGCAGAAAAAUGUUAUCUACACUGGAACCAUCCAACACAUGAUGGUGGAGCUGGUGUUUCACAUUACAUUAUUGAAAAGAGGGAAACAAGCAGACUGUCUUGGACUGUGGUAGAACCCAAAAUACAAGCUAUCAGUUAUAAGGUAACCAAACUCUUGCCAGGUAAUGAGUACAUCUUUAGAGUCAUGGCAGUAAACAAGUACGGUAUCGGCGAACCACUUGAAUCUGAACCAGUUAUUGCAAGAAAUCCUUUUAAGACUCCUGGCCCACCUUCAACUCCAGAAGCAAGUGCAAUCACUAAAGACUCAAUUGUCCUCACAUGGGACCGUCCAGAGGAUGAUGGUGGUUCACAGAUAGAGGGUUAUAUCUUGGAGAAGCGUGAUAAAGAAGGUAUCAGGUGGACAAAGUGCAACAAGAAAAGACUAAGUGAUCUGCGUUUUAGAGCCACUGGAUUAACAGAAGGUCACUCUUAUGAAUUUAGAGUGUCUGCUGAAAAUGCUGCAGGUGUUGGCACACCAAGUGAACCAUCUGUUUAUUACAAAGCCUGUGAUGCUACCUAUCCUCCUGGCCCACCAAACAACCCCAAAGUGACUGACCAUUCAAGCACAACUGUUUCUCUUGCAUGGAGUAGGCCUAUUUAUGAUGGUGGUGCACCAGUCUCUGGAUAUCUUGUUGAGAUGAAAGAAACCUUUGAUGAUGAAUGGAUACUAUGCACACCAAACACUGGUGUUCAAACAACUCACUUUACAGUGAAAAACCUUAAGGAAAAUGCAGAAUACAACUUCCGUAUCUGUGCCAUUAAUAUUGAAGGUGCUGGAGAUCAUGUUGAUGUUGAAGGCAGUGUAACUGCUGCUGAGAAACUUGAAGCCCCGGAGAUAGAGUUAGAUGCUGAUCUGAGGAAAAUUGUGACUGUUCGUGCAAGUGCAACACUACGCUUGUUUGUUACCAUUAGGGGAUGGCCUGAACCAGAAGUUAAAUGGACAAAAGCUGAGGGUACCCUAACAGAGCGUGCCCAAAUUGAAGUCACAAGCUCUUACACAAUGCUUGUUAUUGACAAUGUUGACAGAUUUGACACUGGCAAAUAUGUUUUAAUUCUUGAAAACAACAGCGGCACAAAAUCCGCAUUUGUAAACGUCAGAGUCCUGGACUCCCCAAGUGCUCCUGUGAACUUUGUUGUUAAAGACAUCAAAAGAGAUUCAGUCCAGUUGCAGUGGGAUCCUCCACAUAUUGAUGGUGGUGCCAAGAUAUCCCAUUACAUUGUAGAGAAACGUGAAUCUAAAAGAAUGGCAUUUACAUCUGUAACAAAUAACUGUGUCAGGAAUUCAUUCAGGGUUGAUGAUCUCCAAGAAGGAGGUGUAUAUUACUUCCGUGUACUUGCAGUGAAUGAACUUGGUGUUGGCUUGCCAGCAACUACUACAGAGCCAGUUAAAGUCUCUCAAGCACCUUUACCACCAGGUAAGGUUACCCUUGUUGAUGUUAUGCGGCAUAGUGUUAGUCUUUCUUGGGAGAAGCCAGACCAUGAUGGUGGUAGCAAAAUAACAGGUUAUGUAGUAGAGAUGUUAACUAAAGGAUCGGAUAAAUGGACUGUAUGUGCUACAGUAAGAAUGCCAGAAGCUAUUAUUGAAGGACUUACAACAGGGGAGGAAUAUUCAUUCAGAAUUUCUGCCAUGAAUGACAAAGGAAAGAGUGAUCCUAAGCCACUGGGAGCACCUGUAGUUGCCAAGGAUAUCACUUCUGAGCCCAUUAUUGACUUGCUAUUUAACACAUACAGUGUUAAAUCUGGAGAAGAUCUCAAAAUUGAUGUACCAUUUAGAGGUAGACCUCACCCAGAAGUGGCAUGGAAGAAGGAUGGCCAUACCCUGAAGCAAACAACCAGAGUUAAUGUUCUUACAUCCAAAACAUCUUCAAAGAUUAUUAUAAAAGAUGCAACCAGGGAAGACGCUGGAAAAUAUGAAAUUACACUGACAAAUUCAGUUGGUGUGAAAUCAGCUGAAAUAACAGUUAUCAUUCUGGACAAACCAGGCCCACCAGUUGCAGUUAGAGUAGAAGAUGUAAGUGCAGAUUACAUUUCAUUAUUAUGGGAUCCUCCAGUUUAUGAUGGUGGGUGUCAAAUCAAUAACUACGUUGUUGAGAAGAGAGAUACAACCACUACAACAUGGCAAAUAGUUUCAGCUACAGUGGCAAGGACAUCAAUUAAAGUAUCUAAUUUGACACAGGGAACUGAAUAUCAAUUCCGUAUUUCUGCUGAAAAUCGUUACGGCAAGAGCCAUGCUGUGGAUUCUGCACCAAUUGUUGCACAAUAUUCCUUUACACCACCUGGCCCUCCAAGUGAUCUUCAGGUUGUUCAUGCUACAAAGUCAGGCAUGUUAGUUACUUGGAAAAAGCCAGCCAGUGAUGGUGGAAGUCCAGUCAUUGGUUAUCACUUAGAAUGCAAGGGUCAAAGCAGCAUUCUGUGGACUAAAAUCACUAGGGGUCUUGUUUCUGAUAACCAGUUUAAAGUAACUGGUCUUGAAGAGGGUCUUUUCUAUCAGUACAGAGUAUAUGCAGAGAAUAUUGCAGGAAUUGGACCCUGCACAAAAGCCUGUGAACCUGUUGCUGCAAGAGAUCCAUGUGAUCCUCCAUGUCAGCCAGUUGUUACUAACAUAACAAGGACUUCUGUUUCUCUCUCUUGGGCAAAACCUGAAAAUGAUGGUGGUGCCAAGGUGACUGGUUACAUUGUAGAGCGAAGAGAACUGCCAGAGGGUCGUUGGUUGAAAUGCAAUUUCACCAAUCUCCAAGAAACUUUCUUUGAUGUGACCGGCCUUAUUGAAGAUCAAAGAUAUGAUUUCCAUGUAAUUGCAAAGAAUGCAGCUGGUUUACUUAGUCAGCCAUCAGAAUGCACAGGCCCUGUUACAGUGAAAGAUGAUGUUGAUCCACCACGUAUUACGAUUGAUGAAAAACUCAGACAACUAGUUGUGGUUAAAGCAGGAGAUGUACUAAGAAUCGAUGCCGAAAUUUCUGGCCGCCCAGCUCCUGUAAUUUCAUGGGCAAAGGAUGGAAAAGAAAUAGAUUCUAAAGCAAGGGUUGAAAUUUCUUCAACAUUUUUAACCACAACACUAGUUGUUAAAGAUACCAUCAGAAGAGACUCUGGACAGUAUGUCCUUACACUACAGAAUGUUGGUGGUACCAGAUCAUUAGCAGUGAACUGUAAAGUCCUUGAUAGACCUGGCCCAUCAUCUGGUCCAUUGGAAGUAACUGGUGUGACAGCAGAAAAAUGCACAUUAACUUGGGGACCACCGCAAGAAAAUGGUGGUGCUGAAAUUCAACACUACAUUGUUGAGAAGCGAGAAACAAGUCGUCUUGCCUGGACAUUGAUUUAUGCAGACAUGAAAGCCACAACAUGCAGAGUUCCAAAGCUGCUUAAGGGCAAUGAAUACAUUUUUAGAGUUUGUGGAGUAAAUAAAUAUGGAACAGGGGAACCUCUGGAAAGUGACCCCGUUAAGGCCCUGGAUCCAUUUACAGUGCCUGCUGCACCAACAAAUGUUGAAGUCACAAGUGUUACAAGCAAAGCUAUGACAAUCUGUUGGGAAAGGCCUGUUUCUGAUGGUGGCAGUAGCAUUAGCGGCUAUGUAAUAGAAAAACAUGAAAAAUCAGGUCUACGUUGGGUUCGGGUAAACAAAAAGCCUGUUUAUGACUUAAGGGUUAAGGCCUCCAAUCUACGUGAAGGUUGUGAAUAUGAGUACCGUGUAUAUGCAGAAAAUACUGCAGGUUUAAGUGCACCAAGCCUUCCUUGCCCACUGAUGAAAGCAGAGGAUCCAUUAUUCUUGCCAUCUCCACCAGUUAAACCAAAGGUAAUGGAUUCUACCAAAUCCACAAUAACACUCUCUUGGAACAAGCCAUUGUUUGAUGGUGGUUCUCCAGUCACUGGAUACACAGUUGAAUAUAGGAGAACCAAUGAUGAGGACUGGAUUGUUGGGGUGCAGAACACUAAAAACACAGAGUUUACAGUUGUGGGGCUGACACCUGGAGCAGAAUAUGUCUUCGUGGUCAGGUCAAUUAAUAAAAUUGGUCAAAGUGAGCAUAGUCCUGAGACUGAUCCACAUAUAGCAAAGGACAGAGAGGAUGAGCCUGUUUUCCUUAUCAGUAAUGAAAUGCGAAAAACACUAAUUGUAAAGGAUGGCAGCUCCUUCACCCUUACAGUCCCUUUUAAGGGGAAGCCUGUGCCAAAUGUAAUGUGGAACAAGCCUGAUGUUGAUCUUAGAGUUCGGGCAACAAUUGAUACCACAGAUACUUCCACAUCUGUCACAGUUGAGCAAGCUACAAGAAAUGACUCAGGCAAGUACACUGUGACUCUACAAAAUGUUGCAGGAACAGCCACACUAACACUAAAUGUAAAAGUUCUCGAUUCACCUGGACCACCUGCCAGUCUUUUAGUUAAAGAAGUGACCAAAAACUCUGCAACAGUAACAUGGGACACACCAGAAAAUGAAGGUGGUGCUCCUGUCAAGAACUACCUUGUUGAUGUGCGUGAGGCAAGCAAAAAAGGAUGGACAAGAGUGACAGAAUGUUGUUCCAGACUAACCUUUAAAGUAACUGACCUUCAAGAGGGAGGUGUGUACUAUUUCAGAGUGGCUGGUGAAAAUGAAUAUGGAGUUGGAGUACCUCUUGAAACUAAAGAGGGAUCUAAGAUUACAGAAAAACCAAGUGCCCCAGCAAAGCUUGGAGUAACUGAUGUUACAAAAGAUACAGUCUCAUUAGCUUGGAGUAAGCCUGAGCAUGAUGGAGGUAGUAGAAUUACCAAUUAUCAGGUGGAUGCUCUCGAGAAAGGUCAACAGAAAUGGAUAAAAUGUGGUGUCACCAAAUCGACUCAGUUUGUUGUUCAUGGGUUAAGAGAGAAUGGUGAAUACUACUUUAGAGUCCGUGCUGAAAAUCAUGCUGGAUUUAGUGACCCUAAAGACAUGGUUCUGCCUGUUGUUGUUAAAGAUCAACUAGAGGCACCGGAAAUUAACAUGAAAAACUUUCAACAUAAUACAGCAUAUGUAAAGGCAGGUUCAAAUCUUAAAGUAGAGAUUCCUCUUACUGGCAAACCUUUACCAAAAGUAUUACUCUCAAAGGAUGAUCAGGUUCUGAAAUCAACCAUGAGGUUCAAUUCUGAAGUAGCAACUGACUGCCUCAUUAUUACCCUACGUGACAGUGUUGCUCAUGAUGCAGGCAGAUAUGACAUUACAGCCUCAAACUCAAGUGGAACCACCAAGUCUUUUAUCAAUAUUGUUGUCCUGGACAGACCAAGUCCCCCUGUUGGUCCAGUUGAGAUGUGUGAUAUAACAGAGGACAGUGUAAGUCUGAAAUGGCUUCCUCCUGCAUAUGAUGGUGGCAGUCCAAUCACCAACUAUAUCGUCCUAAAACGUGAAACAACAACAGCAAACUGGGUUGAAGUUUCAUCUGCAGUCGCAAGAUGCACAAUUAAGAUUUUGAAGCUAACUACUGGACUUGAGUAUCAAUUCAGAAUUAGGGCUGAAAAUCGCUUUGGCAUCGGUGAUCACAUUGAUUCUCCAACUGUCACAGUCAGUCUGCCAUAUACCAUUCCAGAGGCUCCUUCAACACCAUGGGUAUCUGCUGUCACUAGAGAAAGUAUUACUGUGAACUGGAAAGAACCAUCAUCUGAUGGAGGAAGUCAUAUAUUUGGAUAUCACCUUCAUAUGAAAGACAAAAACAGUAUUUUGUGGAAGAAAUUCAACAAAACUGUUAUCCGUGCCACACAUUUCAAAGUGACUAACAUCAAUCCAGGCCUUAUAUAUGAGUUCAAAGUUGCAGCAGAAAAUGCUGCUGGCAUUGGUCCUGUCAGCAAAAUCUCAGAUGCGGUACUGGCAAUUGAUGCUUGUGAACCACCAACUGAUGUCCAUGUCACUGAUAUAACUAAGAGUUCAAUAAGUCUUGCAUGGAGUAAACCUUCCUACGAUGGUGGAAGCAAAUUUACAGGAUAUAUAAUUGAGAAGAAAGAUGGUCCAAAAGGCAAAUGGUUCAAAGCUAAUCUAUCAAAUAUUUCUGACACUAAAUUUACUGUAUCAGGCCUCAUGCAAAAUGAAUCCUAUGAAUUUAGAGUCUUAGCCAAGAAUGCAGUUGGCUCUGUUAGUAACCCAUCGGCUGCUGUUGGGCCAGUUACAUGUGUGGAUACCUUUGGUGCUCCUGAAAUUGAACUCCCUCAUGAAUACCUGGAUGUUGUAAAAUACAGAGCAGGAGAAAAUGUCCAACUUAAAGUUGGCAUUAUUGCUAAACCUCAGCCAACAAUUGAAUGGUACAAAGAUGGAAGGGAGCUGGAAUCUGAAGCUCAGUUGAUGAUUUCAAACACCACUGAUUCUGCCUGCAUCUCAAUAAAGGAUGCUACACGCAUAAACACUGGAACAUACGAACUCAAGAUCAAGAACUCUUUGGGUUCAGCAUAUGCUGCUAUCAGAGUACUUAUUCAAGAUAAACCUGGCCCCCCUGCGGGAGAGAUUCAGUUCAAGAAAAUCACAGCAGAUAGUAUAACUAUCAUGUGGAAUCCUCCAGCUGAUGAGGGUGGUGCAAUGGUUACCCAUUAUAUUGUGGAGAAACGUGAAAGUAGCAGAAUCAUGUGGUCUAUAAUAUCUGAGAAACUGGAGGACUGCAUUGUCUCUGUUUCAAGGCUGAUCAAAGGAAAUGAGUACAUCCUCCGUGUUCGUGGGGUGAACAAAUAUGGAGUUGGAGAGCCUUUAGAAUCUGAGCCUGUCAUUGCACAGAACUCAUUUGUACCACCUAGCAAACCUUCCAAACCUCAGGUGACCAUGAUUACCAAAUCAACAAUGACUGUGAUAUGGGAAAGACCAAGUCUAGAUGGUGGCAGUGAUAUUGAUGGAUAUUAUCUGGAGAAGCGUGAAAAAAAGAGCCUCCAGUGGUUCAAGGUCAUCAAAGAUCCAAUUCGUGAUACCAGGCAAAAAGUCAGUAAUCUCACAGAGGGAAAUGAAUAUCAGUAUCGUGUUUGUGCAAUUAAUAAAGCGGGUGCAGGUCAAUACUCUGAUGCAUCCAUCUUCUAUAAAGCAUAUGAUCCCAUUGAUCCACCAAGUGAGCCUACAAAACUUAAAGUUGUUGAUUCAACUAAGACUUCAAUAACACUUGGAUGGGUGAAGCCUGUGUAUGAUGGUGGCAGUGAAAUUACAAGCUACAUAGUUGAGCAGAGGACAGCUGAUGAAAUGGAGUGGGUUAAUAUUAGCUCCAAGGGUGAAGUAAGAACCACAGAGUAUGUGGUGUCCCAUUUAAAACCUGGAGUGUACUAUUACUUCCGUACCUCUGCUGUUAACUGUGCUGGAGCUGGACGGCCAAUUGAAAUGAUUCAGCCAGUACAAGCUAAGGAUAUCCUGGAGGAGGCUGAUGUUGACCUUGAUAUUCCAAUGUCAACUCAAUAUACAGCAAAGGCAGGACGAGACGUGGAAAUUAUGGUUCCUCUAAAAGGCAGACCUGCACCAAAUGUCACAUGGCGAAGAGGAGAUAAAAAUAUCGGUGGAGAUGCAAAAUACACAAUUAAUAACACAGACUAUUCAACAACACUUAUCAUUCCGAAGGUCACUCGCGACGAUUCAGGCAAAUAUCUCCUUGAGAUUGAAAAUGGAGUUGGUGAACCAAAGAACAUUACUAUCUCUUUGAAGGUAUUAGAUUCACCAUCUGCUUGUAGUAAGUUGGUAGUGAAAAAUGUCACCCGUGGUAAACUCACUCUAAGCUGGGACCCCCCUCAUAUUGAUGGUGGCUCUCCAAUUACAAAUUACAUCAUUGAGAAGAAGGAUGCUAAACUCAAGGCUUACUCUAUAGUUACAACAGAAUGUGCCAACACAUCAUACAAGGUUGAAGGCCUAUCAGAAGAGAUUGCCUAUUUCUUCCGUGUGUCUGCUGAAAACGAAAAUGGAAUUGGUGAUACGUGUGAGACCAAGGAACCUGUUAGAGCAACUGAAACUCCUGGUCCUGUUAAGAAUCUUAUCCUGGUUGACUCAACGAAUACAUCUGUAACUCUGGCAUGGACAAAGCCCGAUCAUGAUGGUGGUAGCCAUAUUUCUGAGUACAUAAUUGAAAAGAGGACAGAUGAUGCUGUAAAAUGGAACCUUGCUGGUACAUGUAGAUCUUGCAAGUAUGAGGUUACAAAUCUUAACGAACUCUCAGAGAUUUUCUUCAAAGUGUAUGCCAAGAAUGAGAAGGGUUGCAGUGACUUUUCUCAAAUUGGACCCAUAACUGUAAAGGAAUUCUUAAUACCACCUGAAGCAACCCUUACUGACUAUCCUAAUGGUGAAUUAAGUGUCAGAGUUGGAGAAAAAGUGAACAUUGAACUGCCAUACAAGGGUAAACCCAAACCUGCAAUUCAGUGGAUGAAAGAUGAUGUUCCACUGAAGGAAAGUGAACAGGUUCGCUUCAGACUAUCAGAGAAUAAGGCUUGUCUAACUGUGAGAAAUGCAAGAAAGGAGAAUGCAGGAAAAUAUACUCUGGUUCUAGACAACAGACUUGUCAAGAACUUCUUUGACAUUAAUGUCAUCACUCUUGGGCCACCCUCUGCACCAGUGGGCCCGAUCCGUUUUGAUGAAAUCAAAGCACAGAGCGUUAUUAUCUCAUGGGAUGAGCCACAGGAAGAUGGUGGAGGAGAAAUCACCUGUUACAGUGUGGAAAAAAGAGAGGCUUCUCAAGCAGCUUGGAAAAUUGUUUGUUCAAGUGUGGUCAGGACCACAUUUAAAAUACCCAAUCUGGUUAAGGGUACUGAAUACCAAUUUAGGGUGCGUGCAGAGAACAAAUAUGGAGUAAGCGAUUCUCUCAACUCCGUGCUUGUUGUUGCCCAACACCAGUAUAAGCCACCAGGCCCACCCGGAAAACCUGUUGUAUUUAAUGUUACAAGUGAUGGCAUGACUGUUUCAUGGGAUGCACCAAGCUUUGAUGGUGGUUCUCCAAUUACUGGUUACCAUCUUGAAAAGAAAGACAGGAACAGCCUCCUUUGGAUGAAAGUGAAUUCCAGUGUAAUCUCUGGAAGAGAGUACCGUGCCAUUGGUCUCAUUGAAGGUCUGGAAUAUUCAUUCAGAGUGUAUGCUCAGAAUAAUGCUGGCAUGAGUCCAGUCAGUGAGCAAAGCAAGCACAAACUUGCUAUUUCUCCUGUUGAUCCCCCUGGCACACCCAACUGUAUUGAUGUUACAAGAGAUUCUGUCACACUUCAGUGGCAGCCACCUAAACGUGAUGGAGGUAGUAGGAUUGUGGCAUACAGUGUUGAAAGGCGCCAAGGAAGGGGGCGCUGGCUGAGAUGCAAUUUUAUUGAUAUCAGUGAAUGCCAGUUUACAGUAACAGGACUUGCUUGCGGUGACCGCUUUGAAUUCAGAGUAAUUGCCCGAAAUGCUGUUGGAACAGUCAGUCCACCAUCACAAUCUUCUGGCUACAUCAUGACCAAGGAUGAAAGUGUUAUCCCUGAUAUUCAAUUUGGUGCUGAAAAGACUCUGACAAUCAAGGCUGGGGAAAACAUCAAACUUAGUUGCAAUAUUAGUGGGCGUCCUGUGCCUCAGGUUACAUGGUAUAAGGAUGGGAGACAGCUUGACAAAAUGCUUGUUGAUAUCACAACCAAUAUUGGAUCAAGCUCACUGUUCAUUAGAGAUGCUGAUCGUAAUGACCGUGGAAUCUACACUGUUGAAGCCAAAAACAGCUCUGGAACAGCAAAGGAAGAUGUUCUUGUGAGAGUACAAGAUACUCCUGGACCACCUGAAGGGCCACUUCGCUUCACAAAUAUCUCUGCUGAGAAGGCAACUCUUUGGUGGAGCCCCCCAGAAAAUGAUGGCUGUGCAGCUAUCACUCAUUAUGUGAUUGAAAAGCGUGAGACUUCCCGCAUUUCUUGGGCUCUUGUUACAUCCAAGUGUGAAGCCUGCUCUUUCAAUGCCACCAAGUUGAUCAAGGGCAAUGAGUAUCAGUUCCGGGUUUCUGCCGUCAACAGUUUCGGUGUUGGCAAAACACUUGAAUCAGAUCCAAUUGUUGCAAAAAUGCAGUACACUGUACCAGAUGCACCAGGAACACCUGACUGCACUCAUGUGACAGGAAACAGUCUUACACUCUGCUGGACAAGACCAAGACAUGAUGGUGGCAAUGAAAUAAAGCACUACAUCCUUGAAAGAAGAGAAAAGAAAAGCUUACAGUGGGUAAAGGUUUCAGCAAAAAGACCAAUUACGGAGCUCAGACACAGAGUUACAAACUUGACUGAAGGAAAUGAAUAUGAAUUCCGUGUUAUGGCUGAAAAUGGGGCUGGUGUAGGGCCACCAAGUGGAAUAUCAAGACUCUUUAAGUGCAGAGAACCUACAAGUGCACCAAGCGCACCAACUGUAGUAAGAGUCACUGACUCAACAAAGACGUCUGUGACCCUGGAAUGGACCAAACCAGUCUUUGAUGGUGGUUUGGAGAUCAUUGGUUACAUUAUUGAGAUGUGCAAAGCAAGCCUUGAAGAAUGGCACAGAGUCAAUAACCAGACUUGUAUCCAUACAACAUACACAGUUACUGAUUUAGAACCAGGUGAAGAAUACAAAUUGCGUGUGUGUGCUGUUAAUGGUUCAGGAAAGGGUGAGCCAUCUGAGAUUCCAAAUGCAGUACAGGCAGUUGACAGACUGACAUCACCAGAGAUUGACAUUGAUGCAGAUUUCAAACAGACACAUAUUGUGAAAAAUGGAGGAACGGUUACUCUUAGUGUUCCUUUCCGUGGAAAACCUACACCCCUGGCUACAUGGUCAAAAGCAGAUGGAGAAAUUGGUGUAAUGGUGGAUAUUAAUACUACAGAUACCUGCAGCACAUUAACAAUGGAAAACUGUACCAGAAAUGAUGCUGGCAAAUAUACACUUUCACUUGAGAACAACAGUGGUCGUAAAUCCAUUACAUUAACAGUAAAAGUGUUGGACACACCUGGGCCUCCGGGUCCUAUUUCAUUCAAGGAUGUAACAAGAGGAGCAUUAACUCUCAUGUGGGAUGCUCCAUCCAGUGAUGGAGGUGCUCGUAUUCAUCAUUAUAUUAUUGAAAAACGUGAGGCAAGUCGUUUAAGCUGGCAAGAGGUCAGUCCCAUGUGCACACGCCAAAUUCUCAGAGUGACCAAUCUUGAGGUUGGUAUAGCAUAUUUCUUCAGGGUCAUAGCUGAAAAUCAGUAUGGUAUAGGUGAGCCUUAUGAAAUGUCAGAACCUAUUAUUGCCACUGAGGAGCCUGCAUCGCCCAAGAGGCUGGACAUUAUUGACACUACAUCUUCUACAGCUACCUUAGUAUGGAUGAAGCCUGAGCAUGAUGGUGGAAGUCGCAUCACAGGAUACAUUGUUGAGACCAGAAAGAAAGGUUCUGAUCACUGGGUUGUUGGUGGUCAAACAAAAUCUUUGAAGAUGGUCCUGGAGGGCUUGGUUGAGAACACAGAAUAUGAAUUCCGGGUCAAAGCACAAAAUGAUACUGGAAUUAGUUAUCCCAGAGAUGCACUGACCUCUGUUAUCAUCAAAGAACCUCGCAUUGAGCCAACUGCAGAUCUUAGUGACAUUAUCAAACAAGUUAUUACCUGUAAGACUGGCAGUUCCUUUACUAUUGAUAUUCCCAUUAGUGGCAGACCAGCUCCAAAAGUAACAUGGAAGCUUGAGGAGAUAAAACUAAAGGAGACAGAGAGAGUUUCUAUCAAGACUUCUAAUGUGAAAACCACCCUACUGGUUAAGGAUGCCAAGAGAGGGGACAGUGGAAAAUACUACCUUACCCUAGAGAAUGCAGCUGGAGCAAAGACCUUCAGUAUUAAUGUAAUUGUCUUUGGCAGACCAAGCCCACCCACUGGCCCAAUAGAAAUCUCAGGAAUAACAUCAGAAUCCUGUGUGUUGACCUGGACUGAGCCUACAGAUGAUGGUGGAUCAGAUGUUACUAACUAUAUAGUUGAGAAACGCGAAUCUGGUCAAACUUCAUGGCAGGUUGUGAACUCAAGUGUGCAACGACCAACCAUUAAAGUCACCCACUUGACAAAAUACAUGGAGUACACAUUCCGUGUCUGUGCAGAAAACAAGUUUGGUGUUAGCAAGCCAAUAGAGUCUCAAGCUAUUGUGGCAGAACAUCCAUUUAUACCACCAAGCCCACCUACACGUCCAGAUGUGAUAUUAGUAUCUGCUAAUGCCAUUUCCAUUAAAUGGGAUGUUCCAUAUCAUGAUGGUGGAAGCAAGGUCACUGGAUAUUGGAUCGAGAAGAAGGAGCGCAAUACCAUUUUAUGGACACGGGAAAAUAAACUCCCAUGUAUUGAGUGUCAUUAUAAGGUCUCCAAUCUUAUUGAAGGUCUUGAAUAUCAGUUCCGUGUAUACGCCAUGAACAUAGCUGGUCUAAGCAAAGCCAGUGAAGCUUCAAGACCAGUCUUAGCUUUGAAUCCAGUUGAUCCACCUGGCAAACCAGAAGUGUAUGACAUCACAAGAUCUUCAGUUUCUAUUAAAUGGUCUGUACCAUUUAAUGAUGGUGGCAGCAAACUUGUUGGAUAUAUAGUUGAACGUAAGGCUUCCACUGAUGAUGAAGAAGAUCGUUGGUUGAAGUGCAACUACACUACUAUCACAGACAAUUUCUUCACUGUAUCAUCACUUGAAGAGGGAGCACUUUAUGAAUUCCGUGUCAUUGCUAAAAAUUGUGCAGGAGUCCACAGUAUUCCAUCAGAAUCAACAGGCCCUAUUACAUGCAAAGAUGAAUACACACCACCAAAGGCUGAAUUGGACAGCAAACUUAUUGGUGAGACAGUAACUAUUAGAGCUGGAUCAGAUCUUGUUCUGGAUGCUGCAGUUGGUGGUAAACCUGAACCAAAAGUAUGGUGGUCUAAGGAUAAUAAGGAGUUGGAGCUUGGUGACAAGUACUCAUUGACAUACACAAGCACAAGAGCCAUGGCAAUCAUCAAAUCAUGUAACAGGAAUGAUACUGGAAAAUAUAUAUUGACAGUUAAGAAUGCCAGUGGAACCAAAACUGCAGCUGUCCUUGUUAAAGUUCUUGAUACCCCAGGUCCUCCAGAUGAUAAAAUCACAAUCAGCAGGGUAACAGAAGAAAAAUGCACAGUUUCUUGGAAGAUACCUCUUGAGGAUGGGGGAGCUUCUAUCACACACUACAUUGUUGAGAGACGCGAGACCAGUAGGCUCAACUGGGUUGUCAUGGAAACUGAAUGCAAGACCCUUUCUUGUGUCAGUACAAAACUAAUUAAGAACAAUGAAUAUAUAUUCCGUGUCAGAGGGGUUAACAAAUAUGGAGCUGGAGUACCGCUGGAGUCUGAACCAGUUAUUGCAAGAAAUGCUUAUACUGUUCCAACACCUCCUGGAGCACCAGAAAUUACAGCUGUCGGAAAGCAACAUGUCAUUAUUGAGUGGCUAAAACCAGAGAAUGAUGGUGGUAGUGAAAUCAAAAAUUUCCUUGUGGAUAAACGUGAGAAGAGCAGUAUGAGAUGGACCAGAGUAAAUAAGACAUACACAAUCUAUGACACAAGACUCAAGAUAACAGGUUUAUUAGAGGGAAGUGAAUACCAAUUCCGAGUUGCAGCUGUCAAUUCUGCUGGUUCAAGCUUACCAAGUGAAGCCUCUGAAUAUGCUUUUUGCAGAGAUCCAACAUAUACCCCUGCUCCUCCAUCAACUCCACGCAUAGUAGAUACUACCAAGCACAGCAUUACUAUGACAUGGACCAGACCUAUGUAUGAUGGGGGCUCAGAUGUUACAGGUUAUGUUGUUGAGAUUCUAGAAGAGGGAACUGAACAGUGGUAUAGAGCCACUCAGAAGAUCCUGAAUUCUACUGAAUAUACUGCAGCUGGCUUAACAAGCACCAAGAAGUACAGGUUUAGAGUGGCUGCAGUGAACGCAGUGGGCACUGGAGAGUUCAGUGAAGGAAGUAUAGAGACUGCACCCAUAGAAAAAGUUGAAAUUCCUGAUAUUGAACUAACUGAAGAACUGAAGAAAACAGUUUGCCUGAGAGCUGGCAGCACUUUACGUCUAAAGGCAAAUAUACAUGGAAGACCAUUGCCAGUUGUUACUUGGAGAAAGUCUGGCAUAGACCUUCAGUCACGGGGAUACACUGAAACAACAGAGAGCACUACAACUUUAAUAGUUGAGAAGGUGCACCGAUAUGAUGCUGGAAAAUACACAAUUGAGGCUGAAAAUCCUUCUGGCAAGAAGACAAUUACCAUUCUUGUCAAGAUAUAUGAUUCCCCUGGUCCAUGUGCAACAGUCAAGGUCAAGGAUUACACUAAAGAAUCAGUUGUCAUUACAUGGGAUGUCCCUACUGUUGAUGGAGGGGCUCCGAUCAAUAACUACAUUAUUGAAAAACGUGAAGCAUCAAUGAAAUCGUAUAAAACAGUGACAAUGGAAUGCAAGAAAACAUUGUACAGAAUCACUGGAUUAGAGGAAGGAACACUAUACUUCUUUAGAGUAUUGCCUGAAAACAUAUAUGGUAUUGGCGAACCCUGUGAAACCACAGAUUCAGUGCUGGUAUGCGACAUUCCAUCUGUUCCUCAAGAUUUACACAUCAUUGAUGUUACAAAGUCCACUGUCAUGCUUGGAUGGGAGAAACCGUUUUACGAUGGUGGCAGCAGAAUUACUGGUUAUGUUAUUGAAGCCUGUAAAACAGGAACUGACCGAUGGAUGAAUGUUGCUAGUGUAAGAGCAGCAGUGUUUCAGCACACCGUUGAUUCACUAAUUGAAAAUGAGCAAUACUUAUUCAGAAUCAAAGCUGUAAACAGCAGGGGAGUUAGUGAGCCCAGAGAAUUGACAACACCUGUAAUUAUUCAAGAACAGAGAGUUAUGCCAAAGAUUGAUUUGACCAGCAUUCCUCAAAAGGUUGUAAAUGUGCAUGCUGGCAGGCCAAUUGUGCUUGACAUUCCUAUCACUGGAAGACCUGCACCAGCUUGUUCAUGGUUCUUUGGUGGCAUUGAGAUGAAAGACAAGCUUGACCAUAUUAAAAUCGAGACAACAACUAAGUACACUAAACUAACAGUUCGUGAAUCUACUAUUGAUGAUACUGGUGACUAUACUCUUGAAGUAAAGAACAUCGUAGGAGUAGCUACAGAAAUCAUUAAAGUCAUCAUUCUUGAUAAACCUGGCAUUCCAAUUGGGCCUAUGAGAAUUGAUGAAGUUGAUGCCACAUCUGUAACAUGCAGCUGGGUGCCACCAGAAAAAGAUGGAGGUGCCAAUAUCAGUGGCUAUGUAGUUGAGCAACGAGAUGCCCAUCGCCCUGGUUGGCUGACCAUUUCUGAAUCUGUCACAAGACCCACAUUCAAAUUCAUUAGAUUGACUGAAGGAACAGAAUAUGUGUUCCGUGUAGCUGCAACAAAUCGUUUCGGCAUUGGUGCAUUCCUUCAGUCUGAAGUUGUUGAAUGCAAGAGUGCCAAGACUGUUCCUGAUGCACCAAGCAUACCUGAAAUAUUUGAUGUGUCCCAUGAUGGUAUGACGCUCACUUGGAAACCACCAGAACAUGAUGGUGGUUCCUCAGUGGCUGGCUACAUUAUUGAGCGUAAAGAAACUAGAUCUGACAGAUGGGUGCGCAUUAAUAAGAAUCCAGUGACAAUGACAAGAUACAGAUCAACCGGACUAAUUGAGGGUCUUGAAUAUGAGUACAGAGUGACAGCUAUGAACUCCAGAGGCACUGGCAAACCAAGUCUGAGCUCAAAACCAGUGAUUGCGAUGGAUCCGAUUGAACCUCCAGGCAUACCUCUGAAUCCAAGAGUCACAGAUACAACCAGGACAUCAGUGUCAUUGGCAUGGUCUCCCCCUGUGGAAGAAGGAGGCGCUAUUAUCACUGGUUACCUGAUUGAGAUGCAGAAGGUUGACCAGAUUGAAUGGACCAAGUGUAAUACAACUCCAACAAAGAUAUGUGAAUACACACUAACACAUAUGCCCCAAGGUGCUGAGUACAGGUUCCAUGUGAUGGCAUGCAAUGCUGGUGGACAUGGAGAACCAGCUGAGAUUCCAGGAGUAGUCAAAGUCACAGAAAUGCUUGAAUAUCCUGAUUAUGAGCUGGAGCCGAAGUACCUCGAGGGUUAUAUUGUCAGACAAGGUGGAGUUGUCAGACUUUCUGUGCCAAUUAAGGGAAAACCAUAUCCAACUUGUAAAUGGACAAAGGAAGGCCGUGAUAUUUCUCACAGAGCUAUGAUUGCCACCAGUGAAGAACGCACAGAGCUGGUGAUUAAGGAAGCUCACAGGGAUGACACUGGAACCUAUGAUCUUGUGCUGGAGAACAAAUGUGGAAAGAAAGCAGUUUACAUCAAGGUUAAAGUUAUUGGACCCCCAGAUCCACCUGAAGGCCCACUGGAAUUUGAUGAUAUUCAAGCUCGUUCUGUAAGAGUGAGCUGGAGACCACCCUCAGAUGAUGGUGGCUCUGAUGUUCUUGGUUACAUUGUGGAGAGACGUGAGGUACCAAAGGCAGCAUGGUACACUGUGAACGCUCGAGUGGUUGACAGUUCAUUAGUGGUCAAGGGGUUGAAAGAAAAUGUUGAGUACCACUUCAGAGUUUCAGCCGAGAACCAGUUUGGAAUUAGUCGAUCACUAAAAUCAGAUGAAUCAGUUAUACCAAAGACACCACUCUGUCCCCCUGAGCCUCCAAGUUUCCCUCCAGAAAUUAUGGAUGUCACAAAAACAUCUGUUAGUCUGUCUUGGUCAAGACCAAAGGAUGAUGGUGGUGCUCGUGUGACUGGAUACUAUAUUGAAAGAAGAGAGUUGUCCACUGAAAAAUGGGUGCGUCACAACAAGACUCACAUCACAACCACAAUGUAUACUCUUACUGGACUAAUCCCUGAUGCAGAGUAUCAGUUCCGUGUUAUUGCUCAGAAUGAUAUCGGUCAAAGUGAGCCUGGACCUGUAUCUGAACCAGUUGUGUGCAAGGAUCCAUUUGAUAAACCAAGCCAGGCAGGUGAAAUUGACAUCAUCUCAGUUACCAAGGAUUGCAUCACUAUCCACUGGCUACGCCCAGAGUUUGAUGGAGGCAAAGAAAUUCUUGGAUAUUGGAUUGAGUAUAGACAAGCAGGUGAAAGUGCCUGGAAAAAAUGCAACAAAGAGCGUUCGAGGGACAGGCAGUUUACAAUGGGUGGCCUCAUGGAAGCAACAGAAUAUGAAUUUAGAGUGUUUGCUGAAAAUGAAACCGGACUAAGCAGACCACGUAGAACUGCCAUGGGCAUCAAAACCAAACUAAGUGUUGGGGAAGCUCCAAGUCUAAAGGAAGAGAUGAAAGAUACUACCACUAAUCUAGGAGAAACUGGAACACUGACUUGCCAGAUUAUUGGAAGGCCUCUUCCCGAAAUAAAAUGGUAUAGAUUUGGAAAGGAACUGACUCAGAGCCGUAAAUAUAAAAUGAGCUCUGAUGGCAGAAGUCAUUCUCUAACAGUUUUAACAGAUGAACAAGAAGAUGAAGGUCUGUACACUUGCCGAGCCAUCAAUGAGGCUGGUGAGAUUGAAACGAGUGGCAAGCUUCUUUUGCAGGCUGCACCCCAAUUCCAUCCUGGAUUCCCUUUGAAAGAGAAAUAUUAUGCAGGCUGUGGAACAAGCCUACGUCUCCAUGUUGUCUAUAUUGGACGUCCAAUUCCACAAAUCAUGUGGUUUUAUGGCAAGAAACCUCUAAAUCCAUCAGAUACUAUUGUUAUUGAAAACACAGAGCAUUAUACUCACUUGGUUGUUAGAAAUGUUCAACGCAAGACAAACGCUGGCAGGUACAAGGUACAACUGAGCAACAAAUUUGGUGCAAUUGAUACAGUACUACGAGUUGAAAUUCGAGAUAAGCCUUUGGUUCCUGAAGGGCCAAUUAUUGUUGAAGCUCUCUUGAGGAACUCUGUAAUUAUAAGUUGGAAACCACCUAAAGAUGAUGGUGGUUCAUUGAUCACAAACUAUAUUGUAGAAAAGCGUGAAGCGAAGGAGGGAGAGAAAUGGAAUCUAGUGUCAUCAGCUGUCUCCGGAACUACAUGUCGCAUUCCAAAUCUAACUGAGAGUGCUGGAUAUUACUUCCGUGUUUCUGCCCAGAAUCAGUAUGGUAUUAGUGAGUCAUUGGAAAUUCCUGCUGUCGUUAUCAUUAAGAGUCCAUAUGAAAAACCUGGAAUCCCACCACAGCCAAUAGUAACUUCAUUCACAAAGGAUUCCUGUGUUGUGGCAUGGAAACCCCCAUCCAGUGAUGGAGGUGCCAAAAUUAAGGCUUACUACCUGGAAAAGAGGGAGAAGAAACAGAACAAAUGGAUUGCUGUUACAACUGAAGAAAUUCAUGAGACAAGCUAUACUGUUAAAGGACUUAUUGAAGGCUUUGAGUAUGAAUUCCGUGUCAAGUGUGAGAACAUUGGCGGCGAAAGUGACUGGAGCGAGAUUUCAGAACCUGUCGUUCCAAAGUCAGACACAGCUCCUCGUGCUCCUUUCUUUAAAGAGGAACUAAGAGAUAUGUGUGUUAAAUAUAAAGCCAAUGCAACCUUUGUUGCUAAGGUCAUUGGACAUCCAAAUCCAUUGGUAAAAUGGUACAAGAAUGGCAAAGAAAUCUUACCAGAUGGUGAGAAACUCAAAAUUCAAGAAUUCAAAGGAGGCUACCACCAACUUGUUAUCAGUAAUGCAGAUGAGAAUGAUGUGGGUGUUUACCAAAUUAGAGCCACAAAUCAGGAAGGAUCAAUUUCUACAACUGUAACACUUGAUGUGGAAGUUCCUGCCAAGGUUCACUUGCCAUUACAUCUACAAGGUAUGGGAGCUGUUCAUGCUCUUCGUGGUGAAAUGGUCACCAUCAAGAUUCCAAUCAGUGGUAAACCUGAUCCUACAAUCACAUGGCAGAAGGGACAAGAAAUACUGAAUAACACAGCAUAUCAUCAAGUCAUUGUAACAAGAUCCUUUACAUCCCUUGUGUUCCUAAAGGGAGUACAAAGGAAAGAUUCUGGAUACUAUAUAAUUUGUGCCAAAAACAGAUUUGGUGUUGAUAAACAGACAGUUGAACUUGAUGUUGCUGAUGUACCUGAUCCACCUAAGGAUGUUAAAGUAAGUGAUAUUGGAAGAGAUACCAUUACACUCACAUGGACUCCUCCAAAUGAUGGUGGAAGUGAAAUUGUCAGCUACAUAGUAGAGAAGUGUCCUGUAUCUGGGGAUAGGUGGAUUCGUGUCGGCCAGACAUCUGAAUCCCAAUAUACUGUAAUGAGCCUAUUUGGUAAGACCAAAUAUCAGUUCCGUGUUAUUGCAGAAAACAGAUUUGGUCUGAGUGACCCAUCUGUGCCAACUGAACCUGUAACAGCAAGGGAAGACAAAUUAGCUAUUAGAAAUUAUGAUGAAGAAGUGGAUGAAGAAAGAGAAGUUACAAAAGAAGAAGCACCACAUUCCAAAGUUAAGAAUGUGCCGUCGCUUUACAAAAUUUCUGAGGAACUAGCACGAUGUGGACACUUUGGUGCCGUUCAUCGUUGUGUUGAAAUUAGCUCUAAGAAGACCUUCCUGGCUAAACUCAUUAAGGUGAAAGGGGCUGAUAGAGAGCUAGUUGCAAGAGAGAUUGAAACACUCAAUAUUGCAAGGCACAAAAACCUAAUGUAUCUUCAUGAGUCCUUCGAUAGCCUGGAGGAAUAUGUUUUGAUCUAUGAAUUCAUAUCAGGAAUGGACAUCUUUGAACGUCUUGGAACAAAUUUCGACCUUACUGAACGAGAAAUUGUUCUAUACCUGAGACAAGUUUGCCAGGCUCUCAAGUUCCUACAUAGCCUCAACUAUGGUCAUUUUGACAUAAGACCUGAAAAUAUUGUCUACACUACAAGAAAGAGCAGUACAAUUAAAAUUAUUGAAAUGGGUCAAGCCAGGUUGCUGACACCUGGAGAAAAUAUCAGAAUUCAGUUCGCAGCACCUGAGUUUUAUGCACCUGAGGUCCACACUAGUGAUUGUGUUACAACUGCUACAGACAUGUGGUCAGUUGGAGUUCUCGCAUAUGUGCUUCUUAGUGGCCUUAAUCCUUUUGCUGCUGAGUCAACUCAAAAAAUGAUUGAACACAUUUCCAAUGCUCAAUACAUAUUUGAUAGUGAGGCCUUCAAAUACACCAGUAUUGAAGGCAUGGACUUCAUUGACAGACUGCUAACCAAAGAACGCAAACAUCGUAUGACUGCAUGCGAGGCUCUGGAACAUCCUUGGCUCAAGAUGAAAAUGGAAAACAUUAGCUCUAAAGUCAUAAAGACCUUAAGACACCGACGAUAUUACCAGUCUAUAAUCAAGAAGGAAUGGAGCACUGUUAUUUCAGCAGCUCGUGUUGCCUAUGGUGGUGGCUACAGAAACCUGAGAAAUGUUUCAUUUGGCCGAGUGAAAAUUGGACAUCCAGAACAAGGGUUUAGAGCAGGUCCUGUCAUGCAUGGCUCUGCUGAAGAAGGUGGUCAUGUUCGUUUCAUGUGCAACAUUCAAAACUAUGACAAGACCACAGAGGUGACAUGGUACUUUGGCUCUCGUAAAUUAACAGCAAGUCAUAAGUAUGAAAUCAGUUAUGCCAAUGGAGUUGCAAGCAUGUAUGUGAAAGACAUUGAAGAAUGUGAUGAUGGACUAUACAGGUGCCAAGUUAUUAGUGAAGAAAGGGAAGACAAUGCCUAUGCAGAGCUGUUUGUUGAGACUGUGAGGUCCUAUCGAGAAUACUUCCUGGGACGUUCACUCAAGAAACCCAAGCGUAGAAUUGAUAAAACCAAACUUCUCCAAAGGCCACCUGAGUUUACUCUGCCACUAUACAACUCUACAGCAUAUGUUGGCGAGGAUGUCCGCUUUGGUGUAACAAUAACUGUUCAUCCAGAGCCACAGGUUACUUGGCUGAAAGCAGGACACAGAAUUAAACCUGAUCCUACAAAAUAUACAUUUACAACUGACAAGGGUCUUUAUCAGCUAAUGAUUCACAAUGUUGAGCCUAGUGAUGAAGGUGAAUAUACAGUUGUGGCACAUAACAAGUUUGGUGAAGACAGUUGUAAGGCACGCUUAACAGUAGCACAUCACCCUGUUGUUGAGGACACAAUGAGGCCAAUGUUCAGACGCCUCUUAGCAAAUAUUGAUUGCAUUGAGGGGGAAAGUGCCCGUUUUGAAUUGAGAGUGUCAGGAACACCACCGCCUACUGUAAUAUGGGAAAAAGAUGGCAAGCCCCUUGAAUUUAGACCACAAGUUGAAGUGGUUCAACAAGAUGUGGGCUAUUAUGUCCUGCACAUUAGAGAAACCCUAAUUGAGGAUUCUGGAAUCUAUAGAGUUACUGCAACAAACUCUGCUGGUUCAGCAAGUUGCCAGGCCACACUCAUUGUUGAACGCCUUACUUACAUUAGGAGGGAGUUCAAGAGUGAGGAAGAUAAGCAGAUAUACAUACAAAACCAAAUAAAGAAGACGCUAAAAAUGGCACAAGAAUACUCAGCAGCAGAAGUGACUACACUUAAUCCGGUAGCACAAGAGGCAUUAAAAGAAGCUGCUGAACUGUAUAAGCCUGCAGUCAGUACCAAAAAUGUGCAGGGUGAGUUUGAUAUCUCUGACAAAGAAGAUAAGGACAUUAAAAGAAUUAAAGAAGAAAGCAAGAGGAUCAGAAUGCCUUAUGAAAUUCCAGAAGCUCGUGUACAUGAUCCAACUGUUCUUGAGGAAGACAAAAAUAUUAAAUAUUUUGUGGCUUUGUCUGACAUGAAAUGGUACAAAAAACUCCGUGAUCAAUAUGAAAUUUCUGAACGCACAGAGAGAGUUGUGCAGAAGAGACAGAAACGCAUCCGACUUUCUAGAUGGGAACAGUUCUAUGUCAUGCCACUUCCCAGAAUCACUGAUCAAUACAGGCCAAGGUGGCGUAUUCCAAAGCUUACGCUAGAUGAUUUGGAAACUGUAAGACCAGCUAGGCGCUCCCCAUCCCCUGAGUCAGACAUAUUCAGACAUAGAAGGCAUUCCCUGGGCGAUCUUUCAGAUGAAGAGCUCCUCCAGCCUGUAGAUUAUGUGGCAAAGAAGAGAAUUGAAGAAGAAAAGCAACAGCUUGAGGAAGAACUUGAACUUGGCUUCUCUGCCUCUCCUCUGAGUGGUAGCCCUGUUCGUUUUGAGCUGCAUGCAUUACGGCAUGUAUCACCUAGGAUUAUUCACAAAGCUGAAGUGAAACAUGCAGAGGAAACAAAACUCACAACAAGAAAACCUAGCGGUUCUCCGCCUCCCAUUUCCCAUUUCUUGAGAAGGAGAAGAUCUCUGUCUCCAACAUAUAUCGAAUUAAUGCGUCCUGUCUCUGAACUGAUAAGACCAUCACGGGCACCAGUGGAAUACGAACCUGAAACAAUUGAAAGGAGAUCACCCACUCCUGAGAGAACACGGCCACGUUCCCCUAGUCCAGUGUCUCCUGAAAGAAGAUCAUCGCGAUCUUCCUCUAGAUUUGAAAGAACAGCAAGAUUCGACAUCAUGUCUAGAUAUGAGGCAAGAAAAGCUGCUUUGAAAUCUGAGCGCAAGUAUCAAGUUGUAACACAGCAACCAUUUAGCCUUGACCAUGCCCCACGAAUUACAGUUAGAAUGCGCUCACAUCGUGUACCAUGUGGUCAAGACACUAAAUUUACACUGAAUGUCCAAUCACGGCCAGAAGCUGAAAUUCAGUGGUUCCACAAUGGACAACCAAUUCAAGAGUGCAGCAAAUACCACUUUACAGACAUGAGUGGUGUCCUAACCCUUCAGAUUAUUGAUUGUCAGGCAGAGGAUAGUGGCACAUACCGUGCUGUCUGUACUAACACAAAGGGAGAAGCAUCUGACUAUGCAACUCUCGAUGUAUCAAGAGGAGCAUUUACAACAUACUCCUCAAGACGGAAAGAUGAGGAGGCUCCAACAGCAUUUGUACCUGAAGUAUUAAGGACGGACUAUUACCAUACAUCAUCAAUCAGGGCCUCUUCUGCCUCAAGGACACACAUAGAGAUCGAAGAAACCAAGACAAAGUAUACUGAAAGACAUGAAGUUUCUGGGAUUGAAAAAUAUAAAUCUGAAAGACUUGCAACAUCUCCUAUCAGAUAUGCAUCAACUGAAUAUCUGUCAUCUGCUUCAUAUUCAUCCUCAGAACGACAUACAUCAUCUGAAUAUAAGGCAAAAUCUGUUGAGUCCUCAACUACAGCAAGCAUAACUGCUAAGAAAGUAAAAGCAACUAUACCAGCAAAAAUUCUCACCAAACCACACUCUCUAACAGUAUCUCUGGGUGAGUCUGCAAGAUUUACCUGUGAUAUUGAUGGUGAGCCUGCACCAAUCGUCACAUGGAUGUUUGGGGAACAUACUAUUGUCACUUCCCAUCGUGUGCAUGUGACAACAACACAAUACAAGUCUACAUUUGAAAUAACUUCUGUGGAGUACUCUGAUGAAGGUAGCUAUACAGUAGUGGUAGAAAAUUCAGAGGGAAGGAAAGAGGCUAAGUUUACCUUAAACAUCUACAAGCCACCAACAAAAGAGGCGACUUUUACACCAGCCCCCCCAGUUAAAUCUGCUGAGCCAGUGAAAUCACCCUCUGUAAAAUCACCAGGGACUUCAGUGAAAUCUCCUACACCAUCUGUCACACCUUCAGUUCCUUCAGUAAAGUCUCCAGAGCCACCAGUUAAGGCUCCAGAGUUUUUGGUGAAAUCAUCAGAACCCACUCAAGUCAUGUCUCCUGAACCUCGAAUUAAGUCACCUGAUGGUGUUAAAUCGCCACUACGAGUUAAGUCUCCUGAGCCUGGUACUGGUAAGUCACCUGUCCCUGUAAAGCCAACUGUAAAGUCUCCUGAACCAGUAGUAUCUUCUCCAAGAGUGAAAUCACCAGAGCUAAUAACCUCACCACAGCGAGUUAAAUCUCCUACAGGCAUAAGGUCACCAGAGCCAAUCACCUCUCCUCAAAGAGUAAAAUCUCCAACAGGAACCAAGUCCCCUGAGCCAAGAAGGGUUAGAUCUCCACUCACUGCGAAAUCACCAACUCCUUCUAAGGAGGCACCCCCAAAAAUCCUCCAGCAACUUAAAGCAGAGGCCUUUGAAGACAAGGUGAAGAUGAUCUGCGUUGCUGAAAGCUCUGUAAAAGAUGUUGUGUGGUACAAAGAUAACAGGAAACUUAGUCACAGUAGCCGUUAUCAGAUCCAUACAUCUGCCGAUGGCACUUGCUGUCUCUAUAUAUCUGAUGUGUCCGAGAGAGAUCAGGGUGAAUAUUACUGUGAAAUAAUUGCAGAGAGUGGAGCUGUCGCCAAAACAUCAUUCUCCUUAUUUGGUCAAGUGUUCCAGUCCAUCUACGCAAAAAUAACAACAUUUGUAUCUGCACACAUGGCUGUUAAAGAAUCAGUAUCCUCCAGGCACAGUGAAGGGGUUGAAAUGCUUAAGAAAGAGAGUGCUACUCUCAGCAGUAUGCAGGAGAGUUUCUCCUCAAAAUCCAUCCACAUGGAGAGCACUAUGCAAGAAACAUCAUUUAGUACCUCCACCAUGGCUGAAAUGAAAUUUGAAACAACGUCAAUGUCCAGCAUGUCCUCCAUGACUUCUGAAUCAAUGUAUGCUCUGAGCUCAAGUAGUAUGAUGUCAAGUCACUCACAAGCUGAGGGAUCCUCAACAAGAGCCAUGCUACUCAGUGGUCAGGGUUCAGCACCAAAAAUUGAAGCCCUCCCUGAAGACAUCAGCAUUGAACCUGGGAAGGUUUUGACGAUAGCAUGUGCAUUCUCUGGAGAGCCUUCUCCACACAUUGAGUGGUCUCGUGGUGGAAAAACACUUUCAACUGCAGCAGAGAGUGGAAGGUUCCACAUUGAAACAACAGAGGACCUGACCACACUCAUAAUUACUGGAGUAAAAUCUAGUGAUGCUGGGCUUUACACCCUAAAACUUUCCAAUGAGCAUGGGUCCGACAUGGCAACUUUCACCAUUAGAAUUCGUUCACUAUAAUUCUAAUAAUGAUACUUUCUUCCCCCUUCUUGAAUUAUCUGCCUUUUUAUUUAUUGAAUGAGAAGAAAAAAAGAUAUUUACUUGAUAAAUACCUGGAUAUCUGUUCCUGUAAAUAUGAAAUAUUUUUAUAUCAAACUUGACAUUAAUUUAUGCCGAACUAGUCUAAAGUCUAAAGUUGUUAUAAAAUGUGCCAUUUUGGAUAAUUGUGACUAGGAUUUUUGGUCAAAUUUUUGUGACAUGUACAUAAUGUAUAUAGCCGAAUUAACCGGUUAUGGGAAAUGUAUGAAUUGUUAUUUAAGACAAUAUUAACUGAAACAAAUGGAACUAAUUGUUUAUCAGGAGAAAGUUUCUCAUGGAACGAAUACCCUGUUAAACCUGGAACUAAACUUAGUGCCUCAACAAAAAGUUGAAGUCUUAAGAUUGCCUCAACAGGUAGAGAGGCUCCCUGUUGAAGUUUUACUAAAUUUACAAGACAAAGCUAUACACUGUAUGUGUACAUGUGAUAAGAUUAUCACAUUAAUUUAUAACUUGACCAUAAGACCUUGAAUGCUGAAUGCAUUUACCCUCAUGUAAGCAGCAUGACUAGGUCUUGUGUUCAAACUGAUUAUGUCAUACCACCAUUUUAAAGACAUGCUCAAAGUGCGAGCGGCCUGCACUUCUUGGGCGAAAUUGUUUAAUGUGCUCUGUUUCUGGCAAGGGACUGCUUGAAUGGACUUUCAAAAUUAACAUCUCCUGGCCAAUAAAAGAAGCUGUUCUUGUACUUCCUUGCAGAAGCAGAGCCUCCUCUUGGAGGAUUGCUUUGUUGCAUUGUGUGUGUGUACUAGUUUUAGAACUCAUCAUCACAGUUACUGGGCAAAGAAGAGUACCACAGGGACUACAUCUUCUGUGAAAAUAAACAUCGCAAAACAGAAAUUAUAUGCCCUAUAUUUUGGUUUGAAUUAAUGUAGAAUUGUAGAAUUACUAAUGAAUGCAACCUCCUUGAGUCUUAUAAUUGAUUCAAUAAAGCAUGUUUUCAGCACUAAAA